GCCGGAAAGAGUACACAAUGGCCACAGCCAGCAGCAUGUAGCUGAGUUCUUUGACUCCGUCGCAUGAAGUCUCUUGUUUUAAUGAAGCAGUUUUAACCGUUUCAUACGAGUUUAUAAUUUUUUUAAACCUUAAAAAAGAAGACCGGAGAUGGGAGUCCCGGCGUUUUUCCGCUGGCUGAGCCGGAAAUAUGCAUCAAUUAUUGUUCACUGUGUGGAAGAAAAGGUAAGCUAGCUUACGGCUAACGUUUAUGUUCAUGAAGCUCACAAACUCUGAGAUUAUUCCAAGAAAUCUGACUCAAUCGUGCUCUUAUUUACCGGACUUUUUCAGCAUUUUUACACGUCUAUUUUUUCCCUUUAUCAAACAUUAGCUGUCUGUCUGAAAACGGGCUAAAACAGCGUAAAUAUAAAAGUUUGUGGAGCUCCGUGUGGAAACAACAGAAGCAGAUCCCACUCAAAACUUUACACUGCUUCUGUUAUCUCUCAUUUUAAGAAAUCCUGAACUAUAAUAUCAGGAAAAAACUCCUUUUUUAAGUAAGCACGUUUAAAGAAGCCACUCUCUCAAUAACAACUGUUUUUCCUAAACAAUCUUAUUUCUGACCUUUUCAGGGUAAAGACUGUAACGGGGUCCGGAUCCCUGUGGAUACAACCAAACCGAACCCGAAUGAGGUGGAGUUUGAUAAUCUGUACCUGGACAUGAACGGGAUCAUCCAUCCCUGUACUCAUCCAGAAGACAAGUGAGACCAGAGAGCAGAACUAACAUCCAAUAUACCUGUGUUUCAUCCCUGUGUGUGUGUGUUUGUGAUUAAAUUUGUGUUUUUGUGUGUGUUAUCUGUGUCUAAACCUGUGUUUUAGUGUGUGUGCAUGUCUGUUUAAACCUGUGAGUUUGUGCCUGUAUUUAAACCUGAGUAGGUGUGUGUCUGUGCUUGAACCUGUUUGUUUGUGUGUGUGUGUGUGUGUGUGUGUUUAAGCCUAUGUGUGUGUUGUCUGUGAUUAAAUCUGUGUUUUUGUGUGUGCAUGUCUGUGUUUAAACCUGUUUGUUUGAAUGUGUGUCUGUGUAUAUGUGUGUUUAAACCUGUGUGUGUGUGUGUGUGUUUUUGUGGCUUAAACCUGCGAGUGUGUGUGUUUGUGUAUAAACCCGUGAGUGUGUGUGUAUAUCUGUGAUUAAAUCUGUGUUUUUGUGUGUGCGUGACUGUGUUUAAACCUGUUUGUUUGAGUGCGUGUCUGUGUGCGCAUGUGCAUGUGUGUCUGUGUAUGUGUGUGUGUUUAAACCUGUUAUUAUGUGUGUGUCUUUGUGUAUAAAUCUGUAAGUAUUUCUUUGCUUUCAAGUCAUUAACUAGCCCAACUAAUUUUUUACAGACCUGCCCCGAAAAAUGAGGAUGAGAUGAUGGUCGCCAUUUUCGAGUAUAUCGACCGUCUUUUCAACAUUGUGAGACCCCGGAGAGUCCUCUACAUGGCCAUUGAUGGAGUGGUGAGAAGCUUUGAGUGACUAACAGCAGCAGUCUGAGCAGAGACUGGAUCAAAACCACAAAUUCACAUUCCACUUUAUUUGUAUGGCACUUUUCACGAAAAAAAAAUGCAAUUCAAAGUGCCUCACAGAGGCUAAAAACAACAAUAACGACAAUAAAACACAACCCUCCCACCCAAUUACACACUCACGGACCCACACACACUCAAAAGCACACACCCACCCUCUCUCACCCACUCAUAAACACACAACUGCACACAGUGUGAGAAUGAAGGAUAUAUUGUUAAAGCGACAUGGUCUGACACUGAGACAUUACUUGAGGAAAGAGCUACCUUUAGGAAACACGGGAGAUAAAAACAGAGAUAAAAAUGGUGAAAAGAAAGAGUAAAACCUAAUGGACUAAAAUAAGAAAAUAAUAAUAAAUAAACGGGUAAAUAAAACCUCUUUACCGUAUAAAAAAGGGAUUAAAGAAGUAAAAACCUGUGGCGGGAAUUAAGAAAAAGUCUAAGAACAGAGGUAAUUAAUAAAAUGUUUAAAAUAAACAUUAAGAACUUUGAUUAAAACAAACAUUUGCAAUAAGAGAAAUAUAAAAGGCAGUUAGUAAAAAGCAUGGUUUAAAAGGUGAGUCUUGAGCCUCUUCUUCUUAAAAACAUCAACAGUCUCUGCGGCCCUAAGGCUCUCCGGCAGGCUGUUCCACAACUGGGGACCAUAAAAACUGAAAGCCGCCUCCCCGUGUGUUUUUGUUUUGACUUUGGGUAAGGUUAAAAGACAUAGCAAUAGCACAGACAUAGCAAAAACCCUAACAAAAAUUUAGAAAUCAUUCUUUAGAGAAUUUGUUAUUUGUUCCUAGUUCUCAUGUUCAAUAUUGUUUCCCAACAGUAAUCUUUUUUGAAAUGACUGUUGUACCCAGUUUUCUAAAUUUAAUUCUGUCGGCUAACUGGCUGCAGAGUAGAAAUGAAUCCAAACUUCUCCUCACUCUGACCAGGCUCCACGGGCCAAAAUGAACCAGCAGCGCUCUCGGCGGUUUAGAGCCUCCAAAGAAGGGACUGAGCUGGUGGAGGAGAAGAACCGCAUCAGAGAGGAGAUCAUCCAGAGAGGUCUGUGUGUUUGUUUUACUCCUCCCUUCUGCCUGAUUGUUUGUGUCAAUGAUAAAAAAGAGCAGAAAGCCUAACAGAUUGUAGACGCUAGGAAAGAAUAUGUCUGUCUUUCUCUUGUCUCAGUUUAAAAAAAAAGGAGCAUCUCUAUCUGUUCAAAUCUUGUUCAAGCUGUGUUGGUGUCUGCUGCAUGGAUCUGUCAUACAUCUUCAGUUUAACUUUCAAACUCUGAGCGAACAGCCUAAAUUGUCGGUACAAAAAAAGAACGUACAAAUGUGCUUAUAGUCAUUUGUUUGCCAUUUGUUCUCUUCAACAGGAGGUUAUCUUCCACCAGAGGAAAUCAAAGAGAGGUUUGACAGCAACUGUAUCACUCCAGUAAGUGACAGACUUCAGUUAUAAAACCACUCUCUUUGUUUAACUCAGAAAUGCUGUCAUAUGGUCUUGUUCUCUGUAUAUAUUUAAUUCUUGAUAUACAAGCUGUAUUAACACUUGCAUCAAACUCCUGAAAAUUUCCCUGAAAUUUUUAGGGUGAGUUGCAUGUGUGAGCUAAGAGCGCCAACCUGAAUUCACACAGGCUUUUUUCUGCCUAUUUUGUGAGUGGUUGGGGUGGGCUGAGUUUUGGGCCGGGUCAGGUAUUAACAUGAUGCAACUGAUGGUGCUGUACACUUAAUGGCGCUGUUUCAUACUGUUUUAAACCCACAGACUCACAGACAGCUGAAGAGUGUUUAUUUUUUCAGAUACAGAGUUUGUUUUGAUUAUUGUUAAAGAAAUCAAUUUCACAUUACAAAAUAUGUAUGACUGCAUUCAUUCUAAGAUAGUUCUGGCCAAGUACUGAUGUUUAGGGAUUCCUGGUUACAGUGCAGCCUUGUCAGUUUGAGGAGUUCUAGUUUGGUUGCUUUCUCUGAGUCUUUUGUAAACGUCAGCUCUGUGCUGAUUCUCACACCUCCAAAUAUCACUCUGUGGACUUGUGUGAUGUGGUUGCCUGCUGACAUCACUCUCAUUAGCUUCAUCUGUGUGAUAAUAAGCCUCAAACUCACAGCUUAAACUCAAAGUUGGUGAUGUUUUGAUUCAAUGCUUAUUUUGACUUAUUAAACAAAAUCCAAGAGUUCUUUCAAAGUGAGACAUGCCAUUCAAAAGCACAGCAGUGUCUCAAUUGCGGUGGCAGCGGGGAGAUGCUGCAGGAGCUAAACUUUAGUGUAAAAAAAUAUGCAGUUUAAAGAAUAAAAAUGUUACUUUUGGACCUUUUUUAGAAAUCUGUGCUGCUUAUGUUUAAGUGGCUCCUGUGAGCUCCUGUCUGUGGUAACAGCAAAAUAACAGGAUGUGAUUUCUCGUGUCUCCAGGGAACAGAGUUUAUGGACAAUCUGGCAAAGUGCUUAAGAUACUACGUCGCAGACAGACUGAGCAAUGAUCCAGGCUGGAGGAAUGUCACAGUAUGUCUGAUUUUAUUAUAUUUCACAAUUUCAGGAUGCCUAAAUGACUAUUGUUUUUGCAGACAUCACAUUACGGGCUUGUUAAAUGUAUACAGUGCAUUUAAAGUGUUACAGCGACUCACCUGGGGAAAUUUGUAUCCAGGUGAUCCUGUCUGAUGCCAGCGUUCCAGGUGAAGGUGAACACAAAAUCAUGGACUACAUCAGGAGACAGAGAGGUACAGCUCUUUUUCCCUUAUGCACAUAGAUAAUGGAGGGUACAGGAUUUAUUGUAUUCUAAAGAAAUUACAAUGCACCCCACUCAUAACACAACAACAAAAAGACAACAAGCACAGACAGAACGCCCCAGACAAACAUGAGCAUGUCAAACAGACACAAUAAAAUAGAGAGCAUGUUUUACCAGAUCUGGCAGGCUGAAAUCAUGAGUGUGUAAAAAAACAUCAUGACUUUACACUGCAGCUCUCGAACACUUUCUUUUACUCAUGGUUUUGUUUCUUUCUGACAGCUCAACCCAACCACGACCCAAACACUCACCACUGCCUGUGUGGAGCUGACGGUAAGUCACGAGCAUCAGAAACAAACACAUUCACAUCAAUUACAUUGGAUGUUGUUCACGAGAAGAGACCUAGUUUUGACAUUUGCUCAACUCAGACUUGGAACACACUUGAUGUUUGGUGGAAAUAAUCUCUUUUCCUGUGAUCAGCUGACCUGAUCAUGCUGGGCCUGGCUACACACGAGCCAAACUUCACCAUCAUCAGAGAGGAGUUCAAGCCCAACAAGCCCCGCCCCUGCGCCCUCUGCGGACAGAUGGGUCAUGAAAUCAAGGAGUGUCAGGGGACGGCCAGAGAGAAACAGGGAGAGGUGAGCUCUUCAUCUACCUGUUGUGCUCUCUCUCAAAACAUGUUCACCGUCAAUAAAAUUCACUUCAUCAGCAGUAAGGAGUCAGUUUGUAGCAAAAUUAAGCUUUAAUAUCAGCAGACUUUACAUUUAAACUCUUACUAUUUCACACCAAGAUGAGAGAGUUUGUGUCCUUAUAAGUCCAGUUUUUACAGUCUGGUUUGAAAAAAUCUGAAAUAAUCUCGUCUUUCCUGAUUAUUAUGACCCUUUCCUUGUUUUUGUUUUCAGCAUGAUGAGUUUGCAGACACGAUGCCUGUGUCUGAACAGGAGUUCAUUUUCAUCAGGCUCUGUGUGCUCAGAGAGGUAAGAUGAUUGUGUUUGUUUCUGCAUGUGGUCAGUGUGGUGUUUAUUUAUCUUUAUUCAGCUGUCAGUGGCUGUAAAUGAGUCUCAGAGAUCUUGAAGCUGAAACAUGUCGGUCAUGUAUUAAAAAUAUGAAUUCUGAAGUGCUGUGAGGUCUGAGCUGUCUAAAUGUAUCUACUCCAGUUCUUUUAAACACAGUCGAGGCUGUUUUUACCUUAACUUGAAUUUUCGAAGCAUGAACUCUGACCUCAUCAUGACCAUUUCUCUGCUUCUCCUGCGUGUUUUCAGUACCUCGCCAGAGAGCUGACCAUGGCUAGCCUGCCGUUCACCUUUGACUUUGAGCGCAGCGUGGAUGACUGGGUCUUCAUGUGUUUCUUUGUCGGAAACGACUUCCUGCCUCACCUGCCGUCCUUAGAAAUCAGGUGAGAGUCAGGCGACCGCUGUGUGCUGGGAGCUGGUUUGAUAAUAUUGAUGUAGUGUUCAUUGUUCGAGCUGGUUACUGGGUUUGUAAUGCUGACCACCUCUUAAUUUACACAAACCUUGACCUUAAAGCGAAGUCCUCAGCUCUAUUUAAGCUUUAAAAAAACCAGGGUUAAUUACAGGACAGUGUCUUUCUUUAACUCUGCAGGUGUUAUCUCAGCUCUCUGUGCAGAUACAGGCUGAAUACUCCUUUCACUGUGAUGGUAAACCUGCCAGCACUUCACUUUAACCUCUGACACUGAUCCUAAUGAAAGCCGAGGGAGAAGCUUCAUCUUGUAUUUAUCCGUCUUCAGUGUUUUUUAUUUCUAUAAGACAAAAAAAAUGAAGCUAAUGUUGGUGGUGUACCUGCUAGAGAGUGUUAGAAAGCCCAGGUCAAUGUCUGUCCUGAUUCUCAUUUAAAUUUACUCUCAAAGACCUUUUCUUUUCACGUCUUGUGUCUUACAGAGAGGGGGCCAUCGAUCGGCUCGUCAGGAUCUACAAAGACGUUGUGCACAAAACCGGAGUGAGUCUCAUCAGUAGUUUAUUUAAACUCUUUUUAAAGGAGCUCCGUCUGCUGCAGUGUUAAAACAAGACCUGUGUGUUUUUUUCCUGCAGGGCUACCUGACACAGAACGGCUACGUUAACCUAGAGCGAGUGGAGAUGAUCAUGCAGGCAGUAGGCGUGGCCGAGGACAACAUCUUCAAGAAACGCAAAGAUGAUGAGGUACGAUUUCUGCAGUUUCCUAUCUCUGGUUAAUAAGUGCUGUGCUGCCACAGUGUCUCAGUUUAGUGUCUGUGGAGCACGAAGGUCAGAGUGUGUGUGUUUUAUUUUGUUCCCUCAUGUGAUCACGUCUUCACACUUUUGUCUUUCAGGAGAAUUUCAAGAGGAGAAUGAAAGAGAAGAAAAAGAGAAUGAAAGUGAGUAAAACAAAUUGAUGAGGAUGAAUAUUUGUUUUUUUUUUCUUUGACAAAUUUUCCAUCAUAAAACUGGACAAAUCCUUCACUAUUAAAGAAAACGCUAAACCCCUUGUGUGAUUACAGGCGGAGCAGCAAGGCCCCGCCUACCUGACUACGGGCCAGUUUGCCCCUCAGGCUUUGGGGCGAGGACACCGACCAGAGGCCGUUCAAAAUGCUCGACACCAGGCCUUCGACAUGAGGAUGCAGUCCAACAGGGUACGGCAGUUUUUAACUAAACACAGUCCACUUUUUCUGCAGAUCAGCAAACUCACCCAGAGCUUUUCACUCUGUCUCCUGUUCUUCUGCUGUCGGCUUGUUGGAGUUUUGCAGGGUUGAGCUGAUGCAUGCAAACUUGUUGUAAAUGGCACUGAACACUGAUGCACAUAACUAAUAUAUAAAAAAAGGAAUUUGGGUAGUUUACUUCAUUUAUGAUUAAUAUUGGUUAUCCUCCACAAAAUUGUUUCCGUAGUCAGGAGUGAAAGCACUCCUUCUAAUGCAGUACUUUGUGAGCUGCAGUCAGAUAUAAACCAGUAAAAAGUAUGUAUUUAUAAUCCAUCUGCCGCUUUGGCUCAUGAGUCAAAAUCUUAAUUAAAGACACUGGAUCACAAAAUACAGCUGGAAAAUCACAAUUUGAUGCUGUUUUUAGAGUGACACCAACCCGUGUCCUUUUCCAUAGACCUGAAGAGUUUAGUUGUAAAUUCAAAAACAUGUUCAUAGUUAAGUCUAGUUUUAUUUUCAGAUCCCACUGCUCUUUAAUAUCCCACCCUUGUUUGAUCUCUAACAAAGUGAAUAUUAAGAGUAAGUAAACUUCAGAAUCCUGACACAUAACGUGAGGAUGUAAACCUUACCCACACCUCACUGCAGGAUGGUAGAGUUUUGAGGAUCCUGUGGUGAUGUAUUUUGCUGAUAAGGGUUAUUUUGAAUCCUGAGUUCCAGUUAUGUCACAUUUCUCAGCGUAACAUGAAAACAUGCAUACGUUUAGUUUUUUAUAACUGUAAGAGUUCAAUCAUGAUCAGGUUGUGUUUUUGUUUCUCUCCAGGAUGCCGCUCAGUCCCUGAAGGCCACAAUGAGAAAUGGAGGAAAUGUAAGUCGUUAACUAUUAUUGAACAUCCUCAGUCUGCUCACCAUCUACCUGGUUGUCUCUGUUAUUAGUCAUUAGUAAGUGUGUCAAAAAAACUUCUCAUCAUUUUCAUUAAAAAUUAGCACCAUGCUGAUAUCAGGCAGAGGGAUUUCUAAAAUAUCGGCACAUCAAAAGUCAGCCAGGCAAUCAUUUCACUGUAACACCACACUGAGAGGAAUAAUGGGCAUUAGUCAGAUGCAUAGCUUCAGUCGGACUGGACACUAGGUUCGAGUCGCACUCUGACAAUGCCUCUAAUCUGGUACCUGGAGAGGUCAUAGUAUAAAUACGGUCUGAAAGUUGAAUUCUUCUUUUAUUAUCUUCAGUUUGAUCUAGCAGUAACCUGAAACAUCUGAACUGUACAAAUUGCUUAAAAACCUUGAAACAUCUCUAGACUGUUGAAGAUCUUCUCGCUGUGCAUUUUUUAAACACAUCACCUAUUGUUAUGUAUAUUUAAAGUUGUGUUAUAAAGCCAGGCCAUCUGAACGCGGAUGAGGUCUCAGGGUUUGGUUCACUGCCGUCUUUCUAUUUAACAUGACUGUUAAAUUUCUUGCUUUUGUUCAGCUUUGAACUCAUCUGCCAACAAUGGGCCGCCAUACAUUAGCACAUGAAUGAAAAAGGUACAAAGGCUUCAGGAAAAAGAAGGUUACGCCGAGGUUGUGAACAGAAAACAGGCAUGCCUCGAGCUGAAUAAGAAACAAGUGCAGAGGAAUAAGCUUUGAUUAUACAACCACCUGAUGAUAUAUGAUAAUGCAACAGAGGGCAACAUGAAAAAAACAUAUCUCUUUGCUGUACUUACCUAUAUGUCGGAGCAUAAAUGAAAGAAAAUCACAGAAAAGGGGGAAGUCUAAAAGCACUUUGGACAAGCAAGAUUUAAAAAAACCCUGAUAGAGAAAUUAGACCCUUUUAGCCCCUUAAAACUGUUUUAGUUUGACUCCAUUUACUCUUCUGAUCAAUAUUGUCUUGAUUUUCUGCCCCGUCCAGUCGUCUGCAGGUCCCAGUGACAGCACAGACAACAGGGGUGUGAAGAGGAAGGCUGAGGACAGUGACAGCGAGCCUGAGCCUGAAGACAACGUCAGGUAAACCUUAAAUGGUGGUACUAGCAUUUUAGCUGCUCAACACUUCAGGGUCUCUUUUGUCCUGUUUUUGGUGUCAUGAUGCUCCAAAUGUUUUUAACGGGGGACAUGUCAGGACUGCAGGUAGACCAGUUUAUCAGCAGGACUCUUCUACUACAGAGCCAUGUUGUUGUUAUCCCUGCAGAAUGUGGUUUGGCAUUUUCCCUCUGAAAUAUGAAGGUCUUCCCUGAAAAAGUCUUUGUUGAAUGUCAGUAGAUGUUGCUCCUAAACCUGUAGAUAUUGUUCAGCAUUAAUGGAGUCUUCACAGAUGUGGAAGCUACCCAUGAAGCUACCCUUGAUUGGUCCCCUCAGUCCAUCUUUAAUGAACUUUUUACUGAUUGGUUGCUCCUAUCACAGCUUCAACAAAUGUUUAAAAUGAGCUAAUAUUUUUCAAACAGCAGUAAAAAAUUUUUAGUUGCAACCCUUGCUUUGUUUUCUUUGCACAAUUUUCAGCGUUAGGUUUUAAUCAUUCAGUUUUAUUAAAACUAUUAAAAUUCAGUUUUAUCAGCAUUUUACUCGGCGUCUCGGCUUUUAUCCACUGGACAUUGUAAGGAACAAAAUUUCUGAGGCCUUUUUCAUUUAUGCACAGACAUUUGCUCAGUGACCUGAGUAUUAACAGACACAACCAGAAACUCAUAAAGGCCACUGAGCUGCAGCACAGUCUAACUGUCUGCCUCCUCCUCGCUAACAGACACUCAGGUACACACUCUCAGGUACACAGACACACUCUCUCCCCCCUCUGCUGGUUAGCUCCCACCCUCCUGCACGUGAUUAAUAUGGAAAGCAGGAAUAUUCGAGUAAAUUCCUCUGUGACGCACUUGUCAGAGCUGCUAAAUCCACAGGGCUAAAUUGGUAUUCAUGGAGGCUUUCCUCUCAGGAGCCAGCGCUCCCCGCGGGCCGCGCCGAGGAUCCACCUCACAGAUGCUGGACGGACUUGAUUAUGUUUGCAGAACGGCAUCGCCACUGCAAAUCUACCAAGAAGUCAAAGCCAUUAAACUAUUCCAGCAGCAGACUGGAAGUUAUUUUUUUUUAAACUGUCUUUAGAUUAACACGAGCAACAUCCUCCAAUCUAGUGAUUUUAGUAAGCCAGUGUUUCCUUUAGGUACAUUUACAUUACAAACAUCUGAAGAUGCCGGUAAACAGUCCCUGACUCUCACCUUCAGCAGCAGAAUACAUUAAUUUUCAAGGUCAGAGACAAACGGAAAAUUGGAGAAAUGGAAAAUUUCUUGGUCGUUGUUAUUUCCUGUAAAUGCUGUUUUGCUAGUCGCCUCAAAUGAGUCGUUUUAACACUGCCUGCUUGAGUUUUGACUGAGGACAAACAGCCCUGAAGUCUGCUGGAAGCAUUUAAAUGAUCUCCAGUAUUAUGGAGUUUCAUUCUGACAUAUUCUUAUGAUGCAGAUAUGCCCUGAACACAUGCACCUCUGCAGAAAUCACUGUUAAAAGAACAGAUUUGUCUUGAUGAGAUGCUGCCAUGUGUCUCAUGUCUGUCAGUAUUAAAUGUGCUGCUUAUCUUUUUGUCUCUGGAAAUCAGCGUCAUAACUUACUAACUUGAUAACUCUUCAGGUUGUGGGAGGAAGGCUGGAAGCAAAGAUACUACAAGAACAAGUUUGACGUGGACGUGACGGACGAAGACUUCAGGCGGAAGGUGGUGAAGUCGUAUGUGGAGGGUCUCUGCUGGGUGCUGCGCUACUACUACCAGGUAACACCGAAACGCCUUUAUAUCAUGGACUGUGUCCGGCAUGGAUGUAGUCUCAGUGACGCCACCUAUUGGUGACUAAAGAUGCUCGAUAAAGAUUAAAGAUUGUGAGUGCUAUGAGAAAAAUGUGCACAAUUGUCAGUCAACUCGGUAACAACUCCUUAUUAUGCCGAACUUGAAGCCUUUCUUGGUCCUGAUUUAUCACAACUCAACUUAUUCAAAAGUGAAUCACAGGAGCAUUUGUAACAACAGAGAAAUUAAUGGGGGUUUUUUUGUUUGUUUUUUUAAAAGCCUAGCAUGUUUAUUUCUGCUCUGAAAAUCAACAUUUUAAAAUGAGCCCUGGAAGUCAUCCUUUGGUUUUGUGGCUAGACAGUUAAAUCUUAAAGAAGUGCAGUUUUUUGCAUUUCUGCACUGGUUUGAUGAGUUUUAAGGGAUGCGUGCACUCAAUUGUCUGAACAGCAUCAGAAUUAUGACUCAGUUAAGCUUAAUGUUUUUAUUUUUGUGGGUCUUAGAUGUUAUAAUUUGUCUUGUGUGUAGUUGCCUGUGUAGCUCUGGUUAAUGUCUGCUGCCAUAAAGGUGUAAUGCUCUACUACCUGGAUGUAAACAAGCACAGCUGACAGAAGUUGCGCCGCAUGGUUUGUCAAUAUCUUGAUGUAGGAAUUGGAGAUUAAGUUGUACGUUGUCCGUCCAUGAAAAUGAGUAACCAGCACAGGUAUGUGGAUGUUAACCUGGCGCUGCUAGCUCUUCUAUUGUUCACCUAACCAAUGCAUGAUUAUUUACCUGCAGGCUCUGUGCUCCCGCUGUGAGCUGUGUGACGCAUUGUUGUUUCCUAAUAUUUGGACUUUUGGAAAAACCUGAAUAUCAGUAGCUUUGAAACUUCUCAACUUCAAAGUUCUUCAAUUAAAAGAAAAAAAAGGAAGAAAAAAAUCAAACAGUUUGACGAUUUCUGACUAUUUAGUGACACCCCCUAUAUUUCUAACCAGUUUUAGAGGUCAGAGGCCACAGUGGUGGGGACCGGUCCAGCAGCUUCACUUUUUCUCAUAACAGAGUGAUAAUCAUGCAUUUAAAGAACACGGUUACCAUGACAACAGUGUGUAGUUCAUAAACCCUGUAAAGUGCUGCUUUGAUUGAAAGACUCUAUUUAAGACAAGGGGUGAGUCUCCACAACCUGGUUUGGACAGUGGGUCUGUACCUGCCUCACAAGUGUUAAUGUGACUGUCCCUACUGUCUGUACUGACAGUCUGCAGGUAUGUUAGAGCUACACGCCUUCAAAGAAAGAACACAUUGCUGAACCCGAUGGAAUUCAUUAUACAGAAACACAGUUUGAACCUUUUCAUCUGAGAGCCACUCAAAAAUACACUGUGUCUUAUCCCCCAGUGUGAGUUAUAUUCAGAAUUUAUCAGUAAAUGCCGUAGAGACAGAACAAACUGAAGGUGAAAUAUGAUCAUAAUCAGUCGUAUUCUCAGUCAAAUGAAUCUGGUGCUGCUGCUGUGAAAGUUAUCACUCUCUACAGGUGCUUCAAAAACUGUUAAAUCAUGUCUUCUUGACCUUUCUGCUCUUAAAAUUAAUAACUGGAUGGAUGUUCAGCUCAUUUGGGGAGAAUAAAAUCUAUACUCAGAGAAGUAAAAACCCUCCGCAGGUUUGUUGAAACAGUUUAAGCCCCCAUUGAUUUGAUUGUAUUUUAUUUUAUACUCUGAUAAUAACCGCUCACUCUGCGUUAAAAAAUCCUUUUAAACCGAGCGGCAGCUUUUUUUUUUUUUUUGUUAUUGUGUGGAGUCAAGAAGUCCUCUCUGUGGAGUGUCUCCGUCAAACAAACCUCCCUGUAGCCGUCUUUGGUCUCUCCUCUCAUUGUUUGCGGUGUGAUUAAACACUAAAUCAUUUUAUUGUUGUAAAAUAUUGAUCUUUAUCUUGAAAUGAAAUAAUCAGCUGUGGGCCCUCUUCAGCAGAGCCGGGGGGGAUUUGUCGGGGCUGAUUGUGAGCCGUGUGUAGCGUGCUCUGUGUUGACUCCACACGCUCGCCAAUCCAAAGCCCGUCUCAGGGGGCUGUUCUGCAUGAAUUCAUUAACGGGCCCUUGGCGGACGGAGGGACGUGUCUGCUCUGCGCUGCCACACAUUCACGCUUCUGUCCGCCACCGUCGCCGCUGCUGUAGAGUUAUGAUCACGCACACCUCACCGAGUGAUCAGGGAGCGCUGAGCUGGAUUUAUCCAAAACAGGAAUGGAAAAAAAAAUUUCACUCGUAGCUCCAUCAGAGCUCUGGACUGAGGGCAGUCUGUUUCAUUUUGACUUAUUAUUUCAGACAGCUGAUAGUCACGGCUUUUUGCCUCAGACAUUUACUUGAUUCGAACAAGUCAACCAAGAUAUUGGAAGAGGUUGAGCUGAAAAGGUUCAAGAAAAUCAAACGAUUUCUUCUUUAUCUCAGUUUAACAAAUUUAGUAAUAAUAAACCAUCACGUUCACAGUGCAGACAUCAGUCUGAUCUUUUAGCUCCAGAACUAGCUGUCAAAAACGAGCGUGCAGUAAAAUCUGUGUUUGUGCAGGUUUUGAAGUGCAGUCGGUCCACCUCUUUGGCCUGUUAGGAGGAUUCGUAAAUCUCUCUUUAAUGCAUUUCAUCUCCCUUUACUCCUCAGUUUAAAGUCAUGAGUCUGAAAGUGGUGGAUGGUAUUGCAGAAAUGUCUCAACUCACUUUAUUUUCUGGGUUAUGUUUGUUCAAAUGUACCUGAAAAAAAUUUGGUGCGUCUCCUGCAUGUUAGCCGUCAUCCAGUAUCAGUUUUCAAGAUCUGAUGUCUUUGCCAAUAAUGACAGAGAAGGUCGGCCGAUGGCUGAUUCUUGAUGCUGAUAUAGGUUUAUUCUUUUUUGGCUUUUGAUCAAAUACAACCGUUUAAAAAUGAGGAACAGAAAUUUGCUAAAUCAAAAUGAACAUUUUCUCAGAUAAUUCCAAACUAGAGAAUAUUUGGUUCUGCAAAAUUAAGCUGCAAGAGACCUCUGGAUUUCAGUUUUUUUUUAAUUUUUAAAAUUUAAUUCAAAUAGAAAAAUAUAAAGUGAAUAUUAAGGAAAACAAUGAAGAGAGAGAAAGUAAUUCAUAACUCUCAGAUUUUAUUAACACAAUAAUGUAGUAUACAUGGUCAUGUGAGCUGGUUUCAUGUUUCAGAUAGAUUUCAAAUGAAUUUUCUGAGUUAUGCUAAAGAUUUUUAGAGCAUGACUGAUGUUCAUAUCAGAGGCUAAAUUAAACUGCAUUAUUCUAUAAAUGAAAACAGAAUUUAAAUGGAGCUCUCAGUGGGUGUUUAACAUGAAGAUGCUGCUAUUAAGUGGGAAAAAUGGAGGGAUUUAGAGGAGAUGACGGUGAUAUCGGCCUCAUGAGCUCAGAUGCAAAUAUGUGCAAAUCUUCUCAAAAUGUUAAUAAACGCCCAGAUUAAUCUGUUUGUCUGCACUGCACAUAUAAAGAACUUACUUUACAUUUCUCUAAAAUAUAAGCUACAAAGUGAAUAACAAAUAUAAAACAAGUUAAAACUCGACAGAAAUUGUAAAAUUGAGAAAUUAACAAAAGCAAAAACAAGCUAGAUCAGAUACUUUCUCAAUUACAACAUGUAUUCAAAUCUUUACGAUGCAGACUGGCUGAGCAAGUCUUCCAUCUUGAUUCUUAUUUGUACUAUUUUUGUAGAAAGAUAAAAAUUCAAACUACAUGUUUUUCCACAAAUCAAGAGCCACAAUCUUUUAAAGACGAGAAAUGAGCAGGAGGAGCCAAAAAAACUCUUAAAGCCUUCUCAAGUCAAAUGAGAAAGCUGUCAGUAAAAUGUAACUGAGGGGGGAAAAAAAGAGUCUGAAACAAAAUAAAGUUUUACAACAAAGAAAACAUGUUUCAAAGUUUCAGCAGACUGGACUGAUGUGCAUGAAUAGAAUCACAGUUUUUUUAUUGCAUUUUGGUAUUUAUUAUUUAGUUUUGGAGCAGAUUGAUAGUUUUGCUGCUUUAAAUCUUCCCUCUUCUUCUUCCGGUAACUUUGCCGUGCACACAUUAGUUUAGAAUAAAUAAAAGAUAUAAAGCCUCUCACUAAUUUAAUACCCGCCCCAAAUAAAAGCAGGCUGAGAUAAUAGAUAAAAACUAAUAAAAGCUCCGGCUAACAGAAGUUUUUAAAAGAUAAGUCUGAAAAAUUAAAUUCAAAGUUUUAAAGGACUACUUUAAUAUCUACUUAAUUAUUAAAAAGUUGCACAUUGUUUUUCAUUUCUUGAGUGCUUGACACAAACUUGACAGAACAUUUUCCAAAAGAUAUAAAAUAGUAGCUUCUGUUGGAGAAAUCAGACAUGUAACAGGGUUCCUACAUAAGUAUAGAACAGUAUGGAAAUAAAUUUGGUCAAUUUCCAGGUCUUAAAAAGUAUGGAAAAUGGAAAAUAACGUAUGGAAAAAUAUCUAUGUUUCCAAACUAUUAUAACAGUUCUAAAAUUCUGUUUUCUAAAAUGGAAAAGUGGGUAUUUCCAAAAAUUAUUCUAAAAAGUAGAGUAUGGAAAAGUAAGGAAAUUCCAACUGUGUAGGAACCCUGAUUUAAAACCUCAAGUACUUAAAACAAUAUCAGAAAUGUGUCAUCUGUUAGGAUAAAUCACAGUCUCAUAAAACAGGUUUUACAUUUUCACAUUGUAACCUGUUAUUUUAGUGAAGGCCCUUCAUGUGACUUGUCUUCCGAAUCAGCAUCUGAAGCAAGUCUGAACUCUACACUUGCAUCCAAAGGCUGUUUUCAGUCCUUCACAAAUAAACAACAAAAAGAAAAUGUUGUUUUUUUGCAGCACAAAAUCUAAGACAAGCAUAUUUUAAAUUCAGUGACUGAAUUCAGUCUCCUGAUCAGGUGACACAAAAAGAGGAGAUGCUCCAUAAUGUGUGGAUGGUUCUGACAAAAGACAGUGAAUUUAAUUUUUUUCUCCGUCCUGGUCUUUGACCCCGGCGGCUGCAGUCACACAUGAAUCUCUCGUGGAGGCGAAACAUCUCGGCGUAUUAACAUAAACGAUUUGUGCCAUUAUUGAAUGUGGAGAUGGGAGCCUCCUCUGGCUUUUAUCAUGGUAAAGUCCCGUAUUAUCAUUUGAAUGAGCAUCUUUAAUAAUGGAGUGCUGAGACUGGCUGAGAUGUGAGGAUUUAUCAGAGGGCCUUGUUUUCUCAGAGGUGGAUUGUGGGAAGUGAAGGUCGUUCUUUGGUGUGAGACGUGUUUGUUCAAGAAGGAUAAGUGCUCCAAACGCUGGAUCUGCAGGAUUAGGUUUUUUCUCCUCUUACUCAUUUUCUUCACUGUUACAAAAAUAUUUCACCAACUCUGAGCUCAGGAAGCAGAUUAUUCUGGAGGUGAGAGAGCCUCUCAGCGGGUGUCCGGGAAGAUUUAUUUCCAGAUGUGACAGCCACCAAUUUUUUCAAGUCCUGGAUCAGUUUUUCCUUCAUUUUAGUCACUAACAAGUCCAAGAAGAGAAAAAAAUCUCAGAUUUGGUUACAACUCUAGGUCCGUCCGAGCAGGAUUCAGACAUGUGGGGCUUUUGAAAUGUCAGCUGAGCUCUGUUAGUCUGCUCUGAUCGAAUUUUAAGCUUCGCUCUGCAGAGAGACCGCAGCAGAAAAAGGGCAAAGAAAAGCUUUUAUUUUCAUUUCCCUGUCAUUUUUAAAGCUUUCUUUAGCUUAAUCAGCAGGAAAUAAAUUGAAUAGUAACACCUGGAAAUGACAAAGUAAUGAUGAGAGGCUGACUAACUACAAUCACAGUCUGAAACAGAAAAAUUCUGCUGCUUUUGUCCGUUUCAGGAUCAGAUUUAUCACGGAAUAAUCUCUAUAUUACAGGGAAUUUCACCUGCGCUAUGGUUCAUGAAACACAAAAUAGAAGUCUGACAUGAAGUUUGAACAAAAAAGAAGACAAUGAAAGAAAAUCUGAACAUUAAAACCUAAAAAAGGGAGGUGAACAUUUGUGUGAAAUGUCAUAGCUCUCUGCUCCUCUCACUGUGAUGGUUUGAUUCGUGACAGAGCUUUAUUUAUUUUACUCUUUGGGCGCUCACCUCUGCUGUCAGUGCUUCCAUGAAUAGAAGCCCCACAGUUUUUACUGUGGUCAAUUUCUACAGGACUGAGAACACAGAUGACCUCCACGAUAACUACAAAUGAUCACAAUUCUCCAGGAGGUGCUCAUUCUGAGUGAAUGAGCCCGAAGUUUGUGGUUGUUUUCUUGUUUUCUGUGUGUCAAAGUUGUUGUAAAGUCCUACUUAAGCUGAUGGUUGUUUCUGUGUUGCUCUGCAGGGCUGUGCCUCCUGGAAGUGGUAUUUCCCGUUCCACUACGCUCCAUUCGCCUCCGACUUCAAAGACAUCAAAGACAUGUUCACCGAUUUCGAGAAGGACACCAAACCUGUAAGAACUGAUGAACGUUUACCUCUGCAUCUUCUUCUUUUGUUGCCUGUGACACAGCUUGAGUAUGGAGGCUCAUUCAAUAACAAAUCGUUUGGGCUCAUUUGAAUCGGCUCUUGAAUUUGUUGCUCUGAUUACUGCAGCAAGUACCAAGUAUAUUGAAAUCCUGCAAAUCUUCAUAAACCCUUCAUCAAUAGUUUUUAAACUUUAUACUGAAUCUUCAGGACUUUGCUUCUAUGGCUUUUAUUACAAAAAUGAGCUUAAACUUUAAACCUUAUAGCAAACUCAGAUUAACAAUCUUCCACUCGUCCAUCUUGCUGAUUUGAGAAAGUUUCUUUUUGAUCAUCAUAUCCUACCUGAAUUUUUCCUCCUGUUAGCUUCACUGUCAGUUAUAUAAAUAUGAGCAGAGACACAUGGAGAAGAGAAAGCUCUAGAAAGCUGUUUAACAUUAUUGUUGUAUUUGGGAAACGUCAAAGCCAACAGCGCUGAGGCUGCACAUCAUUGUCAUAAUCCUCAUCACAGAAGUCAUUCCUGAGAUAUUUGACUUUAUCCACCAUUUUUUUAGAGUCAUGCACAGACGUAACAGAACGAAAGAAAGCAGGCUAGACUGUUAACAUGCUCCACAUUAAACAGGUGACAGAUAAUGGUCUCAGUUAGAGAUGCACUGACCCAUUUUUUCCGAUCCUAUCCGAUAAUAGAGCGUAUCAGCCAAUAUCCGAUCCAAUCCUCCUGUUGAAUGAAUGAACUGUAUACAUUGUCCUGUGGGUGAAGGCAUCAGGCUUGUUAAAAAAAGGGAACAAAUUAACACAGAUAUAAAUUUAAUUUUUAUUAAGAAAUAACAAAUUGCACAUUAGCACACAGCAGUAAGAAGUAAGACUUCCAUGUAAACAUUUAGUGCAAAAGGAUGGACAGAUAUAAAAUAUAGUUGCUGACUGUGAUAUUAAUUAAAAAAGAUAUACUAUAUAGAUAUAUUAUUAAAAAAAAAGACUGGAUCGGAACACUGGAUCGGCAUCAUUCAUCAGAUAUCCAAUCCAGUUAAUUUGUCAAUAUCAGAGCCAAUAUCUGAUCUGAAUAUCACGUUGGUGCAUCCCUAGUCUCAGUGGGACAGCUUGAGGGAUCGGAUCUCCCCUGAAAUUAGACAAGCGUUAGAUCAUAAGUAUCAAAGUAUGCAUGUUCACAUACCGGUGUUGUCAGCCAGCCUCAGUGUGUUUUUGUACUUGUAUACUGAGUGUAUUGACAGCUUUCCUGUGGUUCUGUCUGCAGUUCAAGCCCUUGGAGCAGCUGAUGGGUGUUUUUCCUGCAGCCAGCGGCAACUUCCUGCCUCCAACAUGGAGAAGCCUCAUGAGCAGUCCGGUAAGUGUCGAGUUCAGAGAGAUCAGAGGUUCAACUUCCAGAAAGGUUUGGUUUUUAAUAAUUCAAGACGUAUUUCAAAAGUGAGCACUUUUCCGUUGACCUUAGCCUGAAAUGAAUGUCUUCAUCUUUUUGUAAGCUGUGGUUUUUCAAGUCCUUCAUCUUCUUUUGAAUACAGGAUUCCUCGAUCAUCGACUUUUAUCCCGAUGACUUCGCCAUUGACCUCAACGGCAAGAAAUACGCCUGGCAGGGUGAGUCUCUUUCUCUCUGUGUUUAAUCCUGUGGUGAAAAUCAAGAGGACAUUUUUACAGCUUUACACCAGAUACUCUAGUUCAUGAAAUAGUCCCUCUUAUGGUAUAAAAGGUUGUUCAGAAACUGGAGACCUUACACCUCCAAAGAAUAAGCUUUAUAAACUAUGUCAUCUGUUUUACAUAUUCUUCAUAAAAAGAAGAAUGCUGGUUUGGAUGAUAAGGAAUGUUAAUGCUACAGGUUAGACCAGAGCACACAGUUGACGUGCAGAACCCGAAUUAAAAAGUUUCACAACAUUAAAAAACAUAAAUUGCCAAGUAGGCGAGUCGAACACCAACUUUUUUGCCUAAGUUCCUGAGUUGUUGAUCUGGUUUGAACUUAAGUCCUGAGGCCUGUACUACGAAGCUGGAUUAACACAUCCAGGAUAACUCUGCGACAACUCGCUCAACUUCACCGGAUCUCCGUGAUCCCGAUCAGCUGUAGUACGAAGCAGGAUAUCAACUCGAUAACUGAAUCCAGUUCAGAUCUGUGCGCGCACACGUAAAGGGGGUCGGGUCAGUGCCACCGGGCCAAUCUCCGCAAUGGAGAAGGCUGCACGUCAUUUUUCACAGCUGAAGAACAGAGCUUUAUUUAAACAGUGAGACAGACACAGCCGCUAAAAGCCGGAGGGACUGCCGGCAAAAAAAAAUCACCGCUUGUGUAAAUUACAUUUGUGCGUUCAUAAAUGUAUGGCCCCCUAAUAUAUUGUCAUGCAGCGUGUGUGAUCACCACCAUCACUGACCUCAUUAUUUCAGAUACAACAGCAGUGGGGAAAAGAGUACGUGGGAGCAAAUAAAAAUAAAUCUAAAAACAUCCUUUUAAGUAGUUUGUAAGUUUAUUGGAAGAUUUUAUUUGUACAUAUUUCAACGCGUAAACCUCUAUUCAACGCGUAUUUCCUCACACUGCCUUUUUUUUUUCUCCAUCAUCUGAUGGUCACGUCAUCUGCACACAUUUGGGGUUAAGAGUUUUCUAAUCUGCUUCAAUGAAUUCUGAAAGAUGACUAACAAAUUUGAACCUGGAGCUUGGCAAAUAUUAGUGUAUUGCUUAGACUUCAUGCUACCUGAAUAUUGAGGCCGUCCGAGGAAAACCUGUAACGUUCAUAGAGAACGUCAUCAGGUAAAUCAAACGGAUUUGAACGAUCAUGAAUAUAACGCUCUCGGCGAAGCGCUCCUCUCACUAUCCGUGCAACGAUGUCCCCGGGAUCCGGCAAAAGUGGGCAAGCCAUUUUCCAAGAGAUCAGAUUGGUCAGUGGGCGGUUUUUUAUACCUGCUGAUAGUGCUGGGCGAUAGGACGAUAAAUAUCGUUGGCACGAUAGAAAAUGUCUAUCGUGCCAUUUUUAUUUUUAUCGUUUCGGGCGAUAGGCUGUAUUUUAUCCAUAGGGCUUGUACCAUCAGAUGAUUCAUAGUAACAACAACAAUAAUUGCACAUUCAGUAAGUGUAUUUGGUGUCGAACGGGAAAGAAAACAAUAUUUUCUUUCAAAGAAAAGGAUGCGUUGACAUGUAGGCUUGCAUUUCUCUUUCGAUUUUGCGACAUGACGCCGCUUUACGUGCCCUCUUCGUGUCCAGCGUCUCCCGCCGUUGCGGGUUACCUGGGUUACACACGUGAGGGGAUCAUUGUAAGCAGUGCUUAAUUUGUGCCGGAGCAAGUCGGAGCGCGAUCCGGGACCUCUUUUGAUCGGAUCCGGGACCUAUUUCAGCCGCUCCGGCACCUGUCUCAUCUGCUCCGGGACCUUCCCUGUAGAGGAUGACAUUUUUCGGGAACUCCCGUGGGUCACGUGAUUCCCGCGGGAAUCCCACGGGAUGGGAGUCAUUUUUUAAUUAAUCCCUUGAUCGGGAAGGGACGGGGCGGGAAAAAAGGCAACGGGAGUGGGCAGGAGCGGGAACAACAUUAAAAGAUGAUCAUUUUCGGCCGUGUUUAACAACCAGAUGAACAGGUGCGUCCAUUUUUGUAGUCAUCUCUCAGUGAGAGCCAACACUCUUGACCGCGCUAGCAACACAAAAGAACUACAACAGUGGUUUGACUUCCUGUCAGCUGGGAGCGCGGCUGCGCAUUUGUACCCUUCAAGCCAGCAGCGAGGAAACGUAAUUUUGUGACAUUCUGUAGUUUUUCAAUCAUUUCUGGAGUCGUGUCGAAUCAAAUCACCUUACCUGUCUGCCCCUGAUAGGCGAAUAAAGCGCUCGGAUUCAUGCUCGGGUCUUGCUACGUGCUUCAAGAGUAAACAAUGAUGGAGGCAGAGAGCAGCUUUGGAGGAGAAACAUCUAGCAGUGUGAACAACCUCUUCAAAAGAGCCCUAAAGACCUACCUUUUUAAUAAAGCCUUUGGUUAGUUUUCCUCUAUGCUUUAUGCUUUUACUACCUUGCCUCUUACAUUGCAACUCUAUAUAUAUAUUUUUUUUUAAUUCUUUUUUUAUGCCAAUCUGUGACUGUCAUUCUAUUGCUUUUUUAUUGUUGCUGCUCUUUUUUUACUGUGUACUGUAGCACUUUGAGAUCUUUUGUAAAUGUAAAGUACAUUACAAAUUAAAUUUAUUAUUAUUAUUAUUAUUAUUAUUAUUAUCAUUAUUAUUAUUAUUAUUAUUAUUAUGGAGUGCUUUGGCUCACACUAUCAGCGUUUUCUGUGAGUGUUGCAUAACUUUGGGUGAGCACAGACAUGAAAGCACUUCGGCCACGUAUUUAUUUAUUCAUUUUUCUAGUUUUAAGUGCUGGUCUUGUACUGGUACUGUGCAGCUGUAUACACUUAAAUUUUUCAUAGAACUGAAAGCAUACCAUAGCUAUAUCGUGAUAUAUAUCGUUAUCGUGAUAUAAAAUGAUCCAUAUCGUGAUAUACAUUUUUUUCCAUAUCGCCCAGCACUACCUGCUGAGAUCUUAUCCUGAAACAUAACCUGCUCCGGAGCAGGUUUGGCGUUCCGCGUAAGUUACCGGGGCAACAGACCCGGAUAAAAAGAGAUCCACCUUCGUAGUACAGAAAACCCAGAAGUUAUCCAGAAGUUAUCUCGCUAAGACCAAAUCCAGCUUCGUAGUACAGGCCUCUGGUUUCCGACGUGUCCAAUACCAUCAAAGCAGCAACGUUUUGAAUAAAGAGAAAUCAACGCCUUUCGCCUCAAGUCUUUCUGGACAUCUGCAGGCUAAAAUCAGGGGUACUUCUAGAAAAAUCUAACCUUUUGUGGUGUUUUUUUACUAAAAAACACCACAAAGGUUUACCGAACGUAAACCCAGCCUGUUUUGAAUGAACCUAGGGAAGCAAUGUUUGUUGUUUGUGUUGAUUAGCACACUGUGCAUUCACUUUUAAGUAUGAUUUUCUAUUAGCUGCAUUCAUAACAACACAGCCAACAGCAUUAUGCAAACCAAGUCUGAUCCGUUUGAACUGUCCUGCUGUUUCAUUGGAGGUACAUCACAUGGCCUGAAGUUACAGUGAAACUGAGACUCACUGCUUUGAGUUGGUUCAGAUCGUACCUCUCUGAGGGAUCUUCUGUGCACAUGGGCCAGUUUUCUUCCACAGUGGCCCCUCUGACAUGUGGGGUCCCCCAGGGGUCAGUUCUGGGUCCCCAACUAUUCUCCCUCUAUAUGCCACCCUUGGGGUCAAUUUUGAGAAAGCAUGGUGUUCCUUUUCACUGUUAUGCAGGUGUUUUUACGUGUUAAAGUCCCUAACAAAGACUCUCCACAGGUCAUGCUUAACUGCAUGAGUUAUGUCAAGACAUGGGUGGAUCUUAACUUCUUAAAAUUAAAUGAAUACAAAACAGAGGUUAUCCUGUUCAGUCGUCCUGACCUGGUUCAAGUCUUUGUCAGCUCCCUUGGCUCACUGGCACCUUACAUAGGAUCCCAUAUCAGGAAGCUUGGUUUUAUCAGGUCAGCUAAUCAGGUGGUUUUAGACGUUCCUCAAUCCUUUUUAAAAUCUAGAGGAGAUCGAGCGUUUUCUGUUGUGGCUCCCACUUUGUGGAACGCUUUACCCCUGACAGUGCACACUGCUAACAGCCUUUCAGCUUUUAAAACACUUACAAAGACGCGCCUGUUCAUUUUAGCCUUUGGGGUAGGAUAGUAACUUUUAUUGGGUCUUUUAUUUAUUUGCUAUGUUUAUCUUUAUUGUUGUUUUCUGGCUUUAUAGCUUUAAUGCGUUUAUUGUUUUUUUAUUGUUUCUGGCAGUUAAACUGUCAAGCAAUUUGGUAGGCCACUGGCUGUUUUAUAUGUGCUAUAUAAAUAAAGCUGACAUUGACACUGACAGUGACUCACCACAGACAUAUUAAGAGUGCACCCAAGUUGAAACCUCGGUAUAACUUACAGUUUACAGUAAAACCGAGGCUCAGACACACUGAGGAGUUCUUGAGAGGUUUACUGUCCUCUGACAGCAGCUGACAAGUCCAAGAUGAGAAACUGAUUUCUCCUGUUUCAACACUUACUCACACGAGUCUCUCGCUGGCCUGGAUCAGGAUGUCUACAGGUUUAACUCUUGUUUUUGGUCUACCUGUACAGGUGUCGCCUUGCUGCCUUUUGUGGAUGAACGUCGGCUGAGGGCGGCUCUGACUGACGUCUACCCUGACCUCACACCUGAGGAAGGUGAGCGCUCUCACUGUGAAUUCCUUAUUUAACCUGCUCGAGCCAAAUCUGCUGUGCAGUUCAUUUUCAGGGUUCAAGUUAUGGAAGCAUUUGAACUAUUGAAACUGGCAGGAGUUCUCUAUCUUUCAGUUAUCAUCAAAUCCAGUUUUUUAAUAUGUGUUUGUUUGAAGAAGAUGCUUAGAAAAUGAUAAAUCAAUCUACAAAAUAAAUUAGGCAACAUAAAACAUUGAAGUAGAUAUGGUUUUGUCUGUAUGACUGUGGCUUCCUAUCUGGGUUUUUUUUUUCCCCUGCAGUUCUUUGUUUUAGUCUUCCCUCUCAUCACAUCAUCCUCUCACCUUUUCUCACCCAGUCCUGCAGGGUCAGAGCUCCAGUAGAUCCUGAUGCUGUCUUUCUUUGUUCUUUUGCAGAAAAAAGAAACAGUCUGGGAAACGACGUGCUGUUUCUCGGGAAGUCUCACCCGCUCUUCGAUUUCAUCCACGAACUUUACCGCACAGAAUCUCAGGAGGUAACCCACUAAGACUAAAACUGUUUUCACAGCCACAGGGAUCUUGAGAGGUGGAGGGAAAUAAAGUUUUCUUAACAACCUGCAGCAUCUGAAAGUUUCACGGGGAACUGUGUCACUUAUGUAGUAUCAUAUCUAAACCGUGGUGUGAUGCAUCAUGCAGCUGAGACCCUCCCUCUGCUCCAGUCAGCUGCUCUAUCAACACGUGUCUAUAAUGAUAGUCUUCUCCGCUGGUUAAAUCUCCACAUUAAAAUAAAGAUCUGCAUUUUCUGCUGCGUCACUCUGCUGCAGAUGUGUUUGUGUCGCUCUGCAGGUGUCGUCUGAGCCGGUUCAGUUUGUUGAUUAUACAUUUUAAAGCUAGAGAAAUCAUAGUUUCAUUCACUGGGUGAAAACUUCUUAAUAAGCUGGUUGAACAGCAAUUUGCAUCAAAACUGAAGUAUUUAAUUCUGCAAACAUCAACAAGUCUGAUCAGAUUUGGCUCAGACUUGCAGAGAAAGAUGCACAACUGCCAAUAGAAAAAGAUUUUAAAACAAAGAAGUAUUUAUGCUUAAAACUCUAAAAUCUGAUAAAGGUUUAAAUGGAGAAAAUAGGCUUCAGAAUCAGAGUAAAUAUGAAUCUGUUUUAAGCUAAUGUAAGGUAAUGUAAGGGAACACUAGAAAAAGAUUGGAUCAAUACCAGAUCAGUGGAUAAAACUAAAAAAGGAAUAACUGGGAUCAGUAAAAUGUUCACUUGACAUUGGGUCUCAUUCCUGAAGUCUGAGCAGAACAAAAUCCAUGGACAAACUGACUUUCAUCAGUGUUUUAAUAAUUUAGAUUAAAAUUCAGAUUUGUUUGUAGCUCCUCACAAAUCUAAUGUUGGCGAAGACUUCACUGAAUUAGUGAUCACUAUUCUCAGAAAAUCGCUCUUUGAAUUCAUACUGUAGUCUGUUACCUUCAUGUUUGGCAGCUAUCUUUUGAGAACGUAACUUAAACAUUGACCUAAAAAUCAAUGUACAGUACAAUACCUGUGUUCCCUACCUGUAUUUCCUACCUGUGUUCCCUACCUGUAUUUCCUACCUGUGUUCCCUACCUGUGUUCCCUUCCUGUGUUUCCUUCCUGUGUUUCUUUUCUGUGAUUUCUAUCCGUGUUACCUGUUUCCUUUUUGUUUCUUAUCUGUGUUUCCUAUCUGUGUUUUCUUCCUGUGUUCCCUACCUGUGAUUUUUACCUGUGUUUCCUACCUGUGUCUCCUUUCUGUGAUUCCUAUCUGUAUAUCCUACCUGUGUUUUCAAUCUGUGUUUCCUAUCCGUGGUUCCUACUUGUGUUUCCUAUCUGCGGUUUCUACCUGUGGUUCCUUCCUGUCUUUUCCUGCCUGUGUUUCCUGCCUGUGUUUUCUUACUUGUGUUUCCUACCUCUGUUUCCUACCUGUCUUUUCCUGCCUGUGUUUCCUACCUGUUUUUUCUUCAUGUUAAGUGAUGAUCGACUAUUGAUCACUCACUGCUGUGGCUCUGUGACCCGGUGGGAAACACAACAGCGUCUUUCUGGUUAUUUUUAGCUUUUGCCCUGUAGUGUCACAAGUGUUGGCCUCUCUUUAAAAACAUUGGUUGAUUUUACCCCAGCUUCAGAGUCGUGCCUGGCAGGAAGAGAGCUGGUUUUAUAGGUGUUGAAGGGGUUGGCAGUUGCAUGCUGGGUAGAUUUCUUGUUCAGUAAAGUUAGCUGUAUGCUCCCUCUGUGACACACACUGCCUGAUUUAACCACACUGAACUUUUGGAUACAAACUCUACCUCCCCUCUUUUUCAGGAUACUGAGAUCCCUGCAGAGCUGUGCCAUGGAAUCCAAGGUACAUUAAAUCUUGACGACGACCCUAUUCUACCAGAUAAGUAAGGAAACGCCCGCUUUAAUCUCACUUUUCUCACCCAUGUUACUGUAUUUCUAACUCCUAACACUCCAGCCCACUGAAGGAGACCCAGCUCAGUGCAUGGACCCUGAACUGCGUAUCUAUUCAUGCUGUCUGUGAUGUUUACUCCUCAGGACAGUGGCGUCUCCAAUCCCCAUGCUACGGGACAUUUCACAGAACAUCGCCAUUGGGUAAGAAACAUCCAUGGAACACUCUCAGAGCAGAGUGUUUGACUUGUUUAGGGUAUUUGUAGAAAAGUGAAGAAGUGUCGGGUGACCAAACGUCCUCUUUUACCCGGACAUGUCCUCUUUUUUGGGGUCUGUCUGGGCUGUCCGGGUUUGUCUGGCUUUGUCCAGGGAAGUUUAUAAAAUCCUUCAAAUGUUCGCAGAUUUGUACGUAAGUUGAUGGUUACACAGCGGCUUGUAUUAACACUCAUUAAUAUUUUUUAUUCGUACAGAAAUCUCCAAUCUUUCUGUGUUUUGUGCUCCUCAGUAGUUUACCACCAUCUUUCCAUCCAGACAUUUCCAGCACAGCUCCACAGACGAUUAUCUUCAGUCACAUGGCAGAGUGGAGCUGUGUGUAUCUGUACACCCACCUGUCAUUAGAAUAAUACGAGUGUGAGGGUGAAAAGACAUUCCUGUAGAAAAUGACAGGGUGAAGUAGAACCGGGCAGGUUGAGAAGAAAAUGACAGCACUUAAUCACAGAAUCAUCCUCAACACGGAACAUUACAAACUCUGAGUCUCACCGCGUGAGAGCAGAUAUUUCCCUUUCAGAAUAAAAGAGAUGAGCUAAUGGAACAGGCUUUGUGCGUUAAUUGAAAGUGAUUUUUCUUUUACUUUUCAGAGUGAAGUUCAAGGAUCCGCAGUAUGCAGAUGACUUUGUGUUCAAGGCGGUCCUCCUUCCUGAAGCCAAGUGAGGCUUUUCUUUCUUUCUUUCUUUGAUUAAUUUUUUCUCUUCAGAGCUUUGAUAACAUUUUAUCAGCUUCUUUUCAUCCGUUCGACUCUUUCAUUUCGCACUUGUCAAAAUGAAAAGACUCAGAAUGCGAUUCAAUAUUUUCUAAUUGUUAACAAAUCAGUGAAAGAAAUCAAAACCAACUGAGUAAGUCCAUCUCUCAAUGCUUCCUGACCUUAUAAUCCCGUCCUUUGCAGACCCUCUGGUUCUUACAAGAUCACAUUAGUCUUGAAGAAUUGAUGACUAGAUUAUGUUGUUUGAUGGUAAUAAAAAAGUAUCACUUUGUAACUUUUAGAGUCUAUUUUCAGCAGGAGAUGAACACAUACAGACACUGAUGUGGUCGUGCAGUCGUUUUUUAAUCUAAUUAAACCAAAUUUGAAACAACCACGUUGAUCAUGUUUUCAGUGCACACUGUUGAUUAAAUGUGGCGCCAACCCUCUGCCCUUUGCUCUUCUCGGGGCUCCAUGUCCUCGCUGGGCUACCAAUUGUCUUCAUUUGAUUUGAUUGAGCACUCCUAAAUACAUUUUACAAUUGGCAGACUUGUUUUUAACUCCAGAUGAGAAUAAAACAUUCCUUGUCUGAAAGUAUUCUCAUAUAGAGUUUGACGAACUAGCAUGUAAAUAGAGUGGGUGUUCACUCAUUGUUCUCACAGGGCAAAUUCAGGGUGAGGCCACCUUGAGAGUGAGUGAUUAGACAGAAAAAGCAAAGAGGUGGAUUGUUUUUUUGAUUUUCUGUUUGUUUGUGAAACCUGUCAGCUGUUUAACAUUCUGCACAGAAUCCUUACUGGACUGUUUUUUAUGUCUCGGGUGUUGUUUUAGGAUUCCCAAUAAGGUCCUGAAGCCCGAGGACUGGGAAAGAGGGAACAGGGAACCUUGGAGACCUCAACUGGGUUUUAACCCCAACAGGCAGCAGGCUCACCUGGACCAGUCUGGUUUCCGGGCUCUGGGGUAAGUUUCCUGAUAUCUAGUCUCAGAAAGGACUCCAGUCUAUCACAGGGCUGACAUGUAAAGACACAACCAUUCAUGCACACGCACACACUCAUGGGCAAUCUAGAGUGACCAAUGAACCUGAUAAGCCUGUUUUUGGACUGAGGAAGUCAGAGUACCCAGAAACAUGCAAACUCUGCACAGAAAGGUCCCUGCCUGGCCAGAGAUUUGAACCAGGAACCGUCUUGCUGUGAGGCCCCACUGUCUAGCCCAGGGGUCGGCAACCUUAAACACUCAAAGAGCCACUCGGACCAGUUUCCCACAGAAAAGAAAACACAGGGAGCCGCAAAACCUCUUAGACAUCUAAAAUGAAGAUAACAUUGCAUUUAUCUUUUUUUUUUAACCUUUAUACAAAGUAUAUAAAAAACUGUAGCGAGUUGCAUUUAUGAAAUAAAUGAACUAUUUCGGCGAGUGUCUGUCUUCUUCUGUAGUUAAACCGCAAGAUAUCAAAAUCUACCCGGAUACAGCAAUGCUGCUUUUUGAUUGGCUGUUCAGUAGAUAUACUUUAUUUGAUUGGCUUGUGCGUGGCACGCAGCUUCUGAACUCUCGGAGGAACUCAGUUGAUUUCCCCCAGUUCCAAAGUUGAAGAAGUGCAAAUUGGUGGACAUCACCGUGUUCAUUUAAAUGCGUGAGAAAUACAAUGUGUGGUGCGUGAGCGUGUGAACGAGUGGGAAUGCGUGUGUCAUACGCUGAAUGCGUGAGACUUGAGAGCCCUGUGCUCACGCAUCAUCGAUGUACUCCCGAGCCAUGCAAAACGGUCUUUGCAAAUGUUGCACUGAACGCCUUCCUUUUCAGUCUUGGUGAAGUUUUCCCACACCACUGAUGUUUUAGGUCGGGAUUUGGGUUGGGUUGUGUCCAUGUUUUUCUCAGCCGCUGCCUCGGCCAUGGCUGUUUCUUUUCUGUGCGUCCUGCUGAUGUUUACACGCCGGUGUCCAUGGUCAUAUAUAAAGACCCGACGAAUCGAUUACAGAAUUUGUUGGCAACGGAUUUUUUCGUCACGACGAAUCUACUUAAUCGAUUCGUUGUUGCAGCCUUAAUAGUUUAUUUAAUGUUACAAGAGCAUUAUAAUCUUUGAAUUUAGAAUUACAAAAAAAAAUAAUAACAAUAAAAUAAAAUAAAAUGCAAUUAAGUAUUUAUUAUUUAUUUUCCAAAUCCACUGGGAGCCGCAGCUUAGGGAAGAAAGAGCCGCAUGCGGCUCCAGAGCCGCGGGUUGCCGACCCCUGGUCUAGCCUGUAUGUUUAACGAUAAGUUAGUGCUUUAGUCAACUGAAACUGGACCGUUGAAACAUCUUAAAGGAUUUUCUGGCCGUAAAUUUCCAUAUCCAUCAAACAGACAUAUUUAGAUUUGCUAGUCUGUGCAGAGAAAGACCUCUCCAGCCCUGGAAAAUGUCCAGGCUUUAUUUUAUGUCCAAUCUGUUUGAACUGAAACAUGCCGAUCACUUUAUCACACCUUCUGUCACAUAGGUGGUUUUUACAGUUCUCUGCAAUUUUAAAGGUCUCCCAUUUGGACAAACAAACGGUCUUCAUAAACAUCAGAUGAUCUCAUUUUACAUUCAGGCGUCUGAAACAAAGCCUGUCGGUCCUGCAGUGACUCAGAGGAUUACAGUGCUUUACAAUGAAAAUGUGUUUAAAUGUUUGUUUCUCCCCCGUACGCUCCCCAUUAACCAGCCAUGCUUGAUUAUGAUCUGAGCUGCCUCCUCCACACAUCGAUAUUAUCAUUAAGGAAAUGUGAAUAAUUGAACAUCUGGCUCGGUCCGACUGUGGCGUGUUGCGGAAUUAAUUAUGCACGGAUUUGAGGAAACGCAGUGUAGUCCAAUUUUCACUCCUGUUUCUGACUAAACUACGGCGUUAAUUCAGUGAUUCAGACAGUUAUGUGCUUUGAUGAGGCCAAACAGGCAGGUGCUCGGAGAAUGCUGGAAAAUAAAGAGGAGAAAACAGUCGAGAAAAACCUUUUUUGUGUGUUUCUGAGUUUUCUUCCAUUUCUCUUUUAUCAUCUUUUACCUUAAACUUCAUUUUCAGAUCUUUUCUGCUAAUCAGUCAAACAUGGUUGUACCUGAGGUCCAUGUCAUUCUGAAUACUUCUUCUUCUCUUCCUUCAGUCACAGUCUGAACAGAAACCAACAAGGCAGAGGACAGUACAGCAACACCGCUCCACCCAGCAGCUACCAUCAAGGAGGCUACCGACAGCAUGGAGGACACCAGAGUUUCCAACGUAAGACACACUCACACAGCGCUGAGAUUAAACCGGGAGUGAUGAUUAAGUGUAGGGAGAUCCAAAGAGGAAAAAAAAUCAUCUUCAGUUUCUGAUUUAAGGCUGAAACUGGGAGAUUUUUUAGGAAAGAAAAACACAGAAACGCAGCACUGUUAGUGUUUAAAUAUUUGUUUUAAUUUCCAGAUAUUCGUGAUACCGUCUUUGUUUAUUUACGACUUAAUUCCUUACUUUGAAUUAUUAAUUUAUGACAUCAUUCUUAAAAAUGUACAACCCGACAAAUAUAAAUUCACGGCUUAUUUCUGGUCUUUGAUUAUAAUUGAAUAUAAUAGUAAUAAUAAUGAGGAGAGAAACUGGUUAAGGGAUGAAACGCAGCUAUUAGAAACCAGAGUAAUUUUAAAUAAGUCUGGAAGAAACAGCACUAUCCAAAGAAUAAAGGGGUGAUUUAGGACAAUUCGAUUCAGAGCUGCAGCCUUGGAUUUAACAAAGCGUGAUGAAGUUCACCAUUAUUAUAACCCUACUUAUCAUAGCAGUCCUGUUAAAUUCCUUUCAAAGCUUUUCUUUAAGUCACAGUUUUAAACAGGUCAGUUCUUCAUGAACAGAGUGGUCAUUGAAAGAAUCGAAUCUCAAUCAAAACUGUGUUACUGAGUUUCCCUCUUUCUUUGUGUUCAUUAAAAUCCUCAACUCCAUCUGUAAACUCCAACUGUGUCUACAAAAGAAAGUCAAAUAGAGAUUUUGAUGAGGUCACAUCAUUUAUUCAUGCAAAUUCACACAAAACACAUCCAGGUCUAGCCGUCAGUGCUGAAACAUCAGUGAUGAAGUAGAGACACUAAUAACGCCAUUUUAAAAAGACUUUAGGAAAGAAUCAGGAAGGAUAAAACUUAGGGUUAGGGUUAAAAAAGUUACGUGUCAAAAAAAAGUUGUGUGUUAAAGUGCAAAGAUGUUUAUUGUGAUGGAAAAAGUAAUUAAUAUGACAUGAAAGAUAAAAAGAUAAGCCAUUAAAACUUAAACUCUGGUAUCAGGUGUUCACAGUCACAGGUCUGUCCCCUGCAGGACUGUUUAUUCAGAUUUCUACACUGACUUCACAAUUAUUAACAGGAUAGAAUGUGAUCAGACAGCAGCAUCAAAGGCAUUUAAAGAACUCUUUUAAAAUCAGACAUGUUGAACUUUCUGAAAGUGAAAGAAACUUUUGUGUUAACUGAAGAAUGCCUGUCUAUCCACAUGCACUAUAUAAAGAAAAAUUAAAAGGGUGUUAAAGGGACUGUGCUUCAGUUUUCACUUCUCUUAUCGAGUUAUAAGUUAAUUUGGUUCAGACUUAUUAAAUGUCAGAUUGUUCUUGUAGUAUCAUGUUACAAAGUAAACAGUCUGAACUCUCAUACCAACAGCGUUUUUGUCACAGACCUCAGAUCCAUCACAUUCGUCAGUCUUUUAAAGUCUUUUUGUGAUGACCUCAAAAUUUAUAAUAAUUGAAUAAUGAUUCGGGUCGUUGUCAAUGUUGAGCCUGGCAGUUUUUAGCUUGUUAACUCACACUCGCACACCUGCUCUCCUCCUCCUUCUGCUCCUCUCUCUCUACCCUCCUCUCUCCUUCUCCUGCUCCUCUCCCUGCUCUCCUUUCUCCUCUCUCUCUCCCCCUGCUCCUCUCCCUGCUCUCCUCUCUCCUUCUCCUGCUCUUCUCUCCCCCUGCUCCUCUCCCUGCUCUCCUCUCUCCUUGUCCUUCUCCUGCUCCUCUCUGUUCUGUUCUCUUCUCUCCUCCUCCUUCUCCUCUCCUUGCUCUCUUCUCUCCUAUGAUCUAAAGGAGCAGUAAGUCAUAUUUAAAUCUACUGUUGAUUUAUCGUCCAGCUCUGGCUUUUGUUUUUUUGUAAUCAGAUUUCCCUGUGUUAGCGUUGCUGUAGUUUGCUAUCCAGUUUACGACUUAAGAAAUGAGUAUGGAUCUCUUUCCUCUGAUAGAAUAACCUUGUUUAUCCUCGAAGGAAAAUUCAAUUGUCUUUAAAGUUAUCUACUAUUGAUAAAAGAGUUGUAAAGUCUGAUGGCUGUUGGUACAAAAGAUCUUCCGAACCUUUCUGUCCUGCAGCGAAGAGAGUGGAGCCGUCUGCAUCUGCAUCUUUAGCUGACAAAUUCUCUGAAAAACGUAACCGUGAUUUUUGGACCACAAACACCUUUUUCUUCAGAUACUAGCACAGAUCACGUCCUGCCUCAGAGUCCUUUAACCAAACCUCAGACCCUGCACAAUAAUGUGAAUGCAGUGACACAUUGAAUUGUUCUGAAUGAAACUGACGUAUAGAAAACAUGUCACUCUCCGAGAACUGUACACUUUGUAUAUGCAGCUGUCUCCCUUUUGCAGAGAGAAAUAAUUAAAUAUCUGUAUUUUGUUCAUCAUGUGCGAGCUGGUUGAAGGGCUCGUCACAUAUGGAGGCUGAAUCUCUUCCCCGGCUCCUAAUCACGCCGUGUGCUCGCCCCGGCCCCGGCCCCGCGGUCCUCUGCCAGCUCUCCUCCAGUUUGACUUUGAUGUGCCAAUUUGCAAGUAGAUGAAUAAUCUCAUCUGCCCACUGAUGGCGUGCGGGGGAGUCGUUGCUAUUCUGGUGGUACUUGAUGCAAAUGGGGGUUUUUGGCUCCUCCGGAUCGCGGCAGCACCUCCCCUGGCCUCUGCCACUCGUUCUUAAUGUUAAACUUGGCAAUUAGUGCUCCAGGACAGUCUUAUUUUAAUCUCUUUCCCUCUGUUCUUUUUCAUCAUCAUCAUCAUCAUCAGGAAAUUGUUACUUACGCUGACAGGAAGUUUUCUGAAUCUUUGGCAUGGUUUGUCUCAAAUACCAGGUCUGCUUCUGCAUGAUUUUUACCAGAUCAGGCUUAUUAUAUCAAGUAUCGAGUAAAUAAUGCAGGCACUUAAAUCAAACUUCUGAUGAUUGUUUUACAUUUAAAGGUGCAGCCCUUCCAUUUUUCCCCAUGAGAGGACGGUCAAAUGUUUACAAGCCUGGAAAACGCUUUUAAGGGGGCUUUUUUCAGCUUUCAGACACAGAACUCCAUGCAUCUACUGCUGUUUAAAGUUCUUAGAUAUGCACAUUGAGACUAUAAAGAAAUCACCCAACACCUGUAAGUCACCUACAUGAUGGUGCAGGAUAUUCUCCUCAAUUAUCAGCCAGCCAAAACACGAUACUGGUCUGCCUAGUAGCAAUACCAUUGAUACCAAUAAAUGUGGUUCCAAAUAUCCAAUAGUGAGAUUUCUUUAGGGAUGGGAGAAAAAAUCGAGCCAGUGUAGUAUCACAAUAUUUUGUCUGGUGAUAUAUUGUAUCGUCUCAUUUACCGAGUAUCGAUUUUUCAAAUUAAUUGUUAAUAUGAAGUAAAAUCUAUGAUAAUGGAAAAAUAAAAUCAACUGAUUGUCCAGUGAGGUUGGCAGAGGUGACAUCAUAGAGCAGGAGAAAGUUAGUAAUUAAUCUUAUUUAGCACAUCUUGCUAACCUUAUAUAUUUGUUGUACUAUGUUAAUUAGACAAAGGAAAGCCAAAUGCUAAAUUAGCUAAACAGUUGAAAAAAUUGUAUAAAUCGCAAUAAUUGGUAUUGCAAUACUCACUGAAUUGCAAAAUGUUAAAAAUCAAAUAAUAUCGUAUCAUUGGGCCACUAGUGAUUUCCACCCCUAGUGGACCUGAGCAGAGCUCUCAGGUUCAAGUAGGGCUGCAGUCAACCCAAGACAGUCUGAGUCGACCAAACUGUCACCCACUCACCAACACAUUAAGGGGUUAAUGGACAAAAACUCUGCACAUUAUUUUAGUAUCAAACCAGUCAAUCUCAGUGUAACCAGUGCACUGGUGGUCAACAUUCAUAACAAGCUUUUCGUAGUAUCACAACUUCGUUAAACCUGAAUAAAAAAAAGAAAGACUUGGAGCCUACUAGCAUGCAGCCGCCUGUAUUCAUAUCCCUAAACAUAACUUCUGACUCUUGACCUGAAUGAACUAUUGAAAGUCAGAGCUUGACACAAGGAACUUUAGAGGCACAAUCAAAAUUUAUCAAAUAAUGUGUGUCUUAUUGGUCGACAUAAGUACUAUUAUUUGAAAUCAAUUUUAGGUCAAUUGGUCCAAUGACAUGGAAGCUGUUGAAGGAAAACAGCUUUUUUUGAGAACAUCAACAGGUAAUUUAUUGAUGGUCCCUUAUUCAACACCUGACGUUGACAGUGAGGGUGCCGAGUAGAUUUAAAUGUGCUGCUGUUGCGGAGAGUGAGAAGACACCAGUAGAUCCACCGUGAAUGUCCGUCAGAUAUCCAACCUAAAACUAACUUCACCGCGUAUUUACAUGAAAAAACAUUUGUUGCCUCGGCUGAUUUUUUUUUUAUGCGCACAUGUGCCCCUAAAUACAUUUUAUCAUUCCCACACAUCUAUUUUUAGUCACAAAUGCGAGUGAAACGGUCACACUGUCGAGCCCUGAAAGUGAUGUUACACAAAAGAAGCAGCGAGAAAAAUAGAAGUCUAAAGUUGUAAAAAUGGACCAUCAGACUGGAGGAUGUUAGUUCUAGUUUCCAUCAUGUAUCUUAACUCUCUUCAGGUGAUUGGUGGUCCAGGUAAACAUAGUGACUGAUAAACCUUGAGCUUUAACAUUGACGUCCUCAGGAAUGUGAUUAUCCAGACCAGUCGGCCUGAUCUUGCAGCAGGAGGCCGCAGCUCGCCUUUGUCCAGGAAACACUUCCCUCUGCUCGGCCAGUAAUCACUGCAGGCUUUGCUCUCCUCUGGCUUUUGUUGGGGGUCGCUGAUUAGCGUUGUGGGAGACCUGGCUAGUAAUGAGACUGUGGAGAGGCUGGGCUGGACUCAGUGGCCCCCUCUGAUAAAAGCUGAUGGGUGGGUGGGUGGGUGGUGGGGGGGGCUGUGUGAUGCGCACUGAAGAGGGUUGAAACCGAAGUUAACUUCCCCUUUUGACGACGCUGCUACCUCCUGCGGUGAUGUGUCAACACACCGCCUCUGAACCGUGCUGCGGGGCUUUGUGCGCCACAGCCGGACCAGCUGGUGUUUAAUAACCAGCCGGCAAGUCUCUGCUGGUGGCCAUUAUUGUCCUGACACAAGGUGACACCAAAUUUUAACCAGGGCAGCAAAGUAACUGAUUCAACCAGCAGACACAGCGGCUGAUAAGCCUUCAAACUCCACUGCCACUCGAGAAUAACAACCGCACACAAUAGCUGCUAACACCGACCACAGGAGCAGCUUCAGUGACAAGGAGCCACCAAACACACACACGGUCUUGGAGAAGUUUCUGCUUUCUGUAUUUCUUUUCAAACUUUUCUCUCACGUCAGAAAAGACUUGGAAAAUGUCUCUUCAAACAUCUUAUUUGCCUUGGAGCUGCUGAAAACUUCUCAACAGUCCAGAAGAUUGUCAUUUCUCCUUACACCGAUCCUUCGGUUUGCUUUCUCUUUGGUGUUAACACUCCAACAUCUAUUGACGCUCUGCAGCCUCUGAGAUCAGGUUCAAAACGCUGCAUCAGACACUCAAACACAAACCUGAAGAGGAAGGAAUUUAAAGGACAGGACAAUAACUCAGUAUUUUUGAUAACCAUCUUUCUACAAACUGAUAAUCACGCGUUUUAUAUCGGUUAUUGAAUCCAUCGUUUUCUUUCUGCUACAUGAAUGAAUCCAAGGACGGAGUGAUUAGAAAGAGAGGCCGGAGGUUUAUCGCAUGAAAAGCUGCGGUGGAUAUAAAGACUGAGUGGUUAAUGCAUUGCACAUUUUUGUGACUUAUUGGUUCUUUUUAUCGGAGCAGGAUUUGAAAAACUGAUAUUUGAGCAUUAAUAGUGUCAUAUUCUUCACUGCUUUUGCUACAUCUGUGUAGUUUAAAGGAAAGUUUUGUAUAUUUCCUUCUCCAAAUUCUUCCAAAGGGGGAACUAAAGAAAGACAUUCACUUAUGUUGUAUUCGCACUUGAGGUGGGUAUUACACAGCCGCCAGCUAAGAAAAUAUUCAAAUAAUCUCUGCUGUGAAUCAGCUCCUCUCACUCACAGGUUGUAAUCUUUCUAAGCUGUCGAGCUUGAUGAAGUUUUGUGUGUCCGUCUGUCAUCUUUGUCCGUCCCUUUAAAAAAAAAAAGUUACUGUCCUGCGCCGGCUGGACGGGAGCUGAGUCAAACAGUCGCAGAGCUGAUUGAGCGGAGGGCGGGGAGAGCUGUUUAGUUGUUUAGUGGGGUUGUAAUCCCGGCGUUAAUACAGUGGACGCCGCGUGUUUUGAGGAUUUAAAGCGUAAUCCUUUGUUGGCUUUUGUGCUGCGCAGACUGGAGGUCUAUACACUUUCAGAUCAUUGUUAAUUAAGGAGAUUGACAGGUGUCCACUUGUAAUUCUCUCUUUUGAGGCAUCGCUGGCGACGGGGAAAAGAAGACCCGAGUGUUGUGGAGUUAUAAUUGGAGCCCGGCUGGGUGGUCCACUUAAAGUUUGUUGGUGGAGGAGAUAAUCAAACAUGAAAACUGAAUGACAAAACCCAAAUGAUAAUGUCCUGACAGCAGUCUGCCUGCUGGCUGCUAAUUGUGUCUUUUUACUGCUUUCUGCUCAGUCAGCGGAAAACUGAAGGAAGAUCUCCCGUUUUACUUCCCUGUGAGAUUUCACAUCAUGAACAGAUUAUUUCACUUUAUUAUGAGCCCCAAAUGCCUCAAGUCUUUCUCCUGGUCUCAAAGUUUAGACCCCAAAUUUCUGAGAAAAACUUAAAGCAUAAGCAUCAAACCAGGCAACAGCACCACCUUGCUCACUUUUUAGCCCCUCAGUUGUUAGCUCCUGUCUGCUCAUUAAUGCUCAUGAGCACAAGUGCACAAUUGUGAUCACUACAACCUCUCCCUGCUGUUCUCUCUCCUCCACUUUCUCCUCUCCCUGCUCUCCUUCCCCUUUUCCUACUCUCCUCUCUUCUCCUCCUGCUCCUCUCCCUGCUCUCCUCUCUACAAUCACUGUCACUGUUUAACUUUCAUUAACACUCACCUCUGCUUGUGUUAAUAUUAUUGUAAAAGCCUGUAGACACACAGUUUACAUGCAUUAGGGUGACAAUGUGUCCUCUUUUACCCGGACAUGUCCUGUUUUUUUGGAGCUGUCCUGCCUUGCCAGGUUCUGUCCGGGGAAGUUUAUGAAAAUCCUUCAAAUGUCCGGGGUUUUGAAUGGAAGUUUCGAGUUUGUGUCGCGUGGACUUACUGAGCUAGAAGUGUGUAAAAGACACUCAAUCCGACCCGAAAAACUCUCAAAAUUAACUACGUGCGACUCCAUGACUCCACUCCCACGCAGUCGUGUCCUCUUUUGGGGAUUCAGAAUAUGGUCACCCUACAUGAAUCCUUCCUUUAAACUCACAGGCCUGUACAUAUCAAUCACUAUAUACAGAAUUACAUCCGCAUCCUAUCACUUACUUUGGUUGAAGCUUCCUUCAAACUUCAUCCUGAUCAGUUCACGAGAAACUGCACGUCAUACACUGUGGAUUCACUGCCAUACAGCAAACUGUAGCUCACCAUUGAUCCGCCAGUAGGAGAGUCUUCUUUUGACCAUCUUUCUGGGUACAGAAAUUCAAGUCCAGAUUGGUUUUCUUUCAUUCUUUAUUAGUUAAAAAAAGGUCUUUUUGCUGCAGUCUUACUUGAUCAAACCUGACAUACUGACCACAGUCAGGUCUCACUGUUUCCUCUGUGCUGCCGGACAGGGGAGAGUCCAGAACUUAUACUGGGGCACUAGCAUAGAGAGAGACUGCACUAUACUUAAUAACAUACUGUAUUUUGUGAAGAAGUCAUUCAGAAUGGAAACUUGUUUUUUGAGUCACUGUUUUUCUAAACCAGUGGAAUUAAAACACACUUUAUUUUUUAAUUAGAAAUGUACAUUAUUGAAUCCAUGUUAUAACACGAGGAUGGAUAUUGAAUGGGACUGAAUUGUGAGGUUCAGAGAAAACACUCACAGCUUUAGCUCCUACCGUUCUUCUGAGGCUGUAAACUGACAAGAGAUGAUCAAGAACCCUGAAAAUAUGUGACGAAUCUUAUUUUCCUAAAGUGAAUGAAAAUAAGGACCAGGUAUUAAAAUUAAAGAGCUCUCACUCGUCUACUGACUUGUGCUUUAUUUCAUAUUAGAACAAAGUGAGUUUCUACAAUGUGUCAGGUUAUUUCAAUAUUAGAUUUUCAGUCAUGUGACCCAGCCCGGCGGCGUUCUCCUCUUGUCUCUGUCUCCUGAUAUCAGCUGAAAUCCUCUCAGGUCUGUAGAUUUGAGUCUAUCAGGGUCUAUUUUUUUAUCGCGGCCCCUUCACCCGCCCUGAGCCCAUCCACUCAGCCGGCCGGCCCCGAUAAACAAACAAGUCCACGGCUCGCAGCUGGUCAUCGCCUUGGCAACAGUGGAUCUGGAAGAAGCCGUUAGCUCCUCUUUUUUUUUUUUUUUUUUUCUUUUUUUUUUUUUUUUUAAGUGUGUCUUUGUGAAGAGCUCGCAGCGAUGGAACCAGGGUACUUGAGGCGUCCACAAUGCUGCCGGCUGAAUGCUUAUUUCAUUUUCCUGAACUAAAAUGCAAAUGUGGCUCUGCGGCUCUCGUUCGUCUGCCUCCAGCCUCCAACCACAGCUUCAAUUUAUCAGGACAACAGUUUAUCCUCUAUCCAACAACAGGAGGAAAUUGUUGAUAUUUUCAUCCUUUUUUUUCUAUUUUCUCUCACUUCAGGAUAAACCUGGUUUGUGUUUUGAUAAAUUGUCUUCAUUUCUGAAGUCAAACCUUCCUCAGUCAGGUUAUAAAAAUAUAAACGUCAGUUAAAUUUUUUUUUUUUGUAGUUUAAAACUGGAAAAUCAACUCAAAUGUCUUAGAUGUAAUAUAUUUCUCCCUCUUUGUGAUCCUGUCAAACCUUUACUCCUUUUAACAUCCUGUUAGCGUGCUCAGGACGUGAAAAAAGACAUGCUGGUGGUUCAGAUCACGAAACAAUCAAACUUUGUUUUCUUUUGGUUUCUUCAGCUUCAGUCACAUCAUAACUCUGGAAAGUUAAUUCACCUUCUUCCUCAAAAGUUCUCUCUCUUUGUGAUCCUCUUUCACAUUUUUUCUUUAUUGUGAUCCUGUUAAGCCCACCUAAGAGGCUUUAAUAGAAAUCCUCCCCAUUUAGAGCCUCGCAUCAGUAAAAACUUAGACCAUCUAAGGUUUGAUCUUGGCUCAGGAUGCGAAAAGUUGAAAAUGUUUCACCUUUUUUAAUGAUUCAUAUUAAAAUGUGAGAAAACCCCAAAUUUUGCAGCAGAAAACCACCUUUUAGUUCAGCUGAUGCAAAGAUGCAAAUCCUGUCUGUGUGGUCAUCUAAACAUUUUAAGUUUAAUGGUCAAAAAAAGGAGCACUUAAAGAUGCUCUUCAUGCAAGGACAGAUUUCUUUUUAUCACCUUGUGAAGCAUUUUAAUUGAAUUUGAAAAAUCACAGCAGAGAGUAUAAAACAACCUUUUCUUUCAUUUUGGACCAAAGAGGACAAGUUUCAAUCUUUGGGCUUGUUUACAACUUCCUACACAAUGAAGGAAACAGCUUCUCUAGCCUUGUUUUGAAAGUUUAUAUUUUAUUAUAUAAGAAUAUAGCAAAUCCUGCCACUCUGGGCUUUAUCAAAAAAAACCCACUGAAGCUCUUCAAGUUAAAAUGUCUCCAUGUCAUGAUCCUGUGGAGCUGUUAAAUCACAUGCUUAAAAAAAGUGAAACCUUUGGUUCAUUUCGCUCCAAAGAGGCUCCAAUUUUGACCUCAGCAGAUCUAAAGCAUCAAACUUCAGAUUCCCUUUGUUUCUCCAAUAAUCACAGUUAAAAUGUGUGAAUACAAAAUGUUUUUCUUUAGGGGUCUGUGGCUCCAUACAACUCAAGAUCACUCAGAAAGGUUGAAUGAAAAUGUUCAAAUAUAAUGUUUUUUCUUCUGUAUGGCAUGAAAACAGACUCAUGUCCUGAAGUUUAAAAACGAGCUGAAAAAAAGAUCUCCCCUUUGGUUUAAUUUAAUAGAAAAGGUCGAAAUUUCUUUUCAAUCAACAGUUUACGAUUUCAAACACGGCUUAUGUGAAAUAUUUGUCUUCUUCCAUGUCAGGGUUUGAAGUGGAGCAGAGAAAACAGAGAAAUAAAGCCGCUGUCUUUCAUUUUAACAAAACAAACUUUAUUUACAGAAGACAAGGUUACAAAGUGCUUUACAGAUAAAAGGAAAAGAGUAAGGGCUACAAGGAGAUAGAUGAAGAUUUAGGUCCUAAAACCUUCAAACCAACUAAACAAGUUAGAGACUAAAAAUCAGCAAAAACUGGAAAUCAGAUUUUUGGGUGUUCGAGUUUAACGGGGAAAAGUCUGAAAAAAACUGUUCUCAUUGUGGACAGUCUUUAUCGGGCCUUGUUUGGCUGUAGGUCAGAAAAUAGAGACAAAUGUAAAAGUUUUAAUGUUGUGUUACUUUGAAAAUGAGCCUAAAACGCUGGCCAGAGUUCGAUAACCCAGUUUAUUAAAGCGGGUCUGGAGUCUUUGGUUUUAUUUAGUCCCACAGAGGCUCAGGUCUGCAGGUUUUCAGCAUGGUCCCCUCUCCUCUCUGGUAUGUGAAAACCUCAAACUUCUCUCUGCUGAAGCACUCCUGAACAUGUCGUCUUUUGUUCUUUUGCAGAUUCCAGGCAGCAUAACAGUUUGCUGGGAGCGCCUCCCCCCUUCCACCAGCCCCAGUUCCCAAGGUGAGUCUCCCGUUUGGAGGAUUUUUCUGCCGCACCGAGACGUAAAGUUCGCACUGGUGGUCCUGACCGUGGUGGAGUUUGGUUAAAACGCUGAUCCAUAAAGAGGCAGCGUUGGUUUUUCUGCCUUCACUCGGGGAAAGAUUAACUCUUUGUUACUCAGCCAAGGACUCUAUCGACCGCUCAGCACAGCCGCUUUAAUUUUGUGUUUUCGAAGCAGUUCAAUGUGAUUUUACAGGAACAGUGUCGCGUCUCUUCCUCUCGGGCUUGUUUCUGUCAUACAGUCACAGUCCGAAUCAAACAUGUCAGGCCCUGGUUUGUCUCUAUCCAAUUCCCCCCUGUCUUUCACUCCUGCGCUCCGUCUUCCUCCGUCAGGGGAGCUGAAUUAAGAUUUCUCUCCGUCCCUCUAAAACAAAUUUCUCUCGAGGAGGUUUGUGCAACUUAAUGAGGCGUCACUAAUGCUGUUGGAGGCAGCGCAGCUCCCCGCACUGCACACACCGGCUAUUGAUUCAGGCUCCAGACCUCUCCAAAAGUCCUAAUCAGGUUCCCCGGUUCAACUUUUCAGGCCCAUUGUGGCGGGGUGUCAGCUCAGGUCAGUGGUUAUUAGCAGAGCCUGAAACAGUUUCUUUAGCUGCUCGGGACGGACCAAAUGAAAUGCAGCAGGAACUUGGAGAGGAGAGGGAUUAGGGAUUCCAGCGCUCGGUUAAGUCCGGCUCUGUCCAGAGUGUGACAUGGUUCAGUAAUGAGGGAUGGGGCGCUGCAGCUCUCGCUCUCCCCUCUCCUCAUUGUCGCUCAGAAGAGACUUUUAAUAUCAGCACAGCGUGGACACAUUGUCCGGCCGAGGUUUGGAGGGCCGUGGCGUGCCGACUCUUCACUUGGUCCCACGAUGCAAUGCAGCCACCUCAUCUCAGAGGAUGAGGAAGAUCCGAGCCAUAUGUGAAUAUGCUUCAUUUCAUACUCGGGGCUCUUUCAUGUGCAGCUCUGAUAAGUCCGCUCAGGAGUGGAGGUUUUAUCUGUUGGAGGGCUCCAUUCCUCCGUAAACGCCGUGGAGAGGGGUUUUAGAGAGGUUAGAGGUCACCUGAGAGUCCAGCUUUUUAAUCGAUGCGCCCUCGAAAAUGACUGAAUCCAGACUCUGAGCAUCUCUGACGAACAAACUCAAACAUCAGAAUAUCGUAAAAACAGAGUUUAGAAGGAAAGAGAUCCAUUCACACUCUUAGGACACUAUACCAUCAUAAAUACUAAACCUGAGACCAGCUCUUAAAGGCUCUUUUUACUUAUUCAAGGUCAGAUAGUUUUUUGUAAGUAACUAAAUUUAUCAAAAACUCUCCUGAUUCCAACUAAAACUUUCUUGGUUUUUGAAACUUUUUUACUAGUUUUGCCCGCCCACUCUUAUUUUCACAUGUAAAUUAAAAACCUGAGAUAAAAUGUUCGAGGCCAAAAGUUUAAAUUUCCAAAGGAUUUCCUGAUUUCAGAUUCUCAGUUAAGAAGUUCAAACCAGAACAUGUGGGGAAACAUUUUUGUUAUUUUGUGUCUUUAAUUUGUUCUUUUAAAAAUGUUUAAGUGAAAUGAAAAUAAAUAACGAAGUAAAGGUUUUGAAAAAGUGAACCUGGUUAGAAAAUCAAUAAUUGUCAUCACAAUUCUCCUACAAACUUAAUGAACACCAAAGACUGAAAUAACUGUGAAACUAACACUGGAACAAAACAUUUACUUAUUUCCUCUUUUGUUUCAAAAGGAGCCAGAAAGUUCCUGUUGGUUUGUAAACUGUGUCAAAUUAAAUUUCAGCAAUUAUUUGAAUAAAUGAGUACAAUCCCUUUUAAAACAUGACUUUGACACUUGAUAAAAUAUUGCGAGUGAGCUAGACGCCCCACAAAACUCCAGAACACUGGUCACCUAAGAAAAAAAAAAGGAAAAACUAUGAUCUAAUAUUCAGAAAAAACCUUGACGAUGAAGUCAACCUUACAAGUUUAAUGUUACACUUUGUCUCUAAAGUUUGUUGUUUUUAUUCCUCAAAGUUCCCACGUUUAUAAAACAACCUGAAUUUCAACAUUUCAUGAUAUAUAGAAGCAGCAACACUGACAAUUUUUUACCGUCAUUUUUAAUUCCUGAUUGAAGCACAAAGGAUCAGUGACUGUUGUGUCCACAGGGGGCGCCAUAAUCAACACAAACUAUGAGUUCCUAACAAGAGCUUUAAAGACACUUAAAAAAGGCUUGUCUGCUGUGAUUGUAAAUACUCAGUAAUGUCUGCUCUAUGAUGUAAACGGUCUUUUUUUUAACCUCAUAAAAAGAGAUAAAUCGAUUAUUGUUUUCUACUGCGUUCAGGCUCAGAGACAGAGAAUCUGUGCCACUCUGGACAUUUCUGUCUUGCUCGUUAAUCCAACAUGUCGGCCUCGUUCUGGUGGCACAGCUUGUUUUCAGCCGGUGUUUUCCUGACCACUCUGAGAAUAAACCGAGGUAACGUCUCUGAGUUCGGUGGUGUCAGCGUCGGGUACAGAUCCUGGAUGUUUGAGCUGGCUGCAGGUGUCUGUUCUUUCAAGGCCUCACCUCCUCUUCAGACAGAAAACACGACCAGGACUGAGCCGCACCAUCUCUGUGUGAAUUUAAGACCUUGCAGUGGAGUGUACUUAACAGAGGCUGACAGAUGUGUGUAACUGUGUGUGUAUGUGUGUGUUUCCAGGCAGCAGCAGCAGCAGCAGCAUCAUUACAGUGGGGGGGGCGGAGGUGGUGGCGGAGGGGGCGGGGGUCACGGCUGGGAUCGAGCUCAGCAGUUGCAGCACUCGGCGUACCAGCAGAACCGGGGCCGGGGAGGGGCGGGGCCAGGCGGUUUCCAGCAGCGCUACGACCAACGCAGGGAUGACUGGCACGAUCGCCGUGACAACCGGGGCCAACAGCAUCAGGUAAAUCUGUCGCUUUAAAGAAUAAAAGUCUGUCCUGUAGAGUUCUGACUGUUUUUACUCAUCAAUGUAUUCAUCAGUUUUUUUUAUUGAUUAUUGUCAGGAACUUCACCUCCUGACAGUCCCAUUUAAGAUUUAAAACCCAAACAUUCGUGCAUCAGUCUUAAGAUACAGAGAUGAUAUAGAUUUCCAGCAUUUAUGUAAAAUCCAAACAUGCGAUUUAAAUUCUCUAAAUUCAUUUUUAAAAUAAACACAGCCUAAAUCACAGAGUAAAAGCAUUUUAAUUUUUGGAUCUCAGCGAGCAGAUUGUCCUUCAGAAUUUUUACUCUGUUUCUUGCUGGAAAGUUUUGCGUCAAUAUACGCAUGUCCUGAAAUGUGUACAAUGUGUUAUGUGUUGUUUUUUCCUCUUUUUUUUUUUUUUUUUUUUUGAAAUCUAAUUUCUUUUCACCCAGAAUCCUUAACUGAAAAAAUACGACCUUGCCCAGAAUUUUCAUUUGAUUAACUAUUUUAAUCCUUGAGCCAAAGUUUCAGUUUGAUUUAAAAACUCUGACUACAUCUCUUCAUUCUGAUCCUGGGAUUUUAAUUUUUGAAAUUUCCAGGAUUCAGACUUUGACCUUAGAAUCCUGACGUCUAACCUGGAAUUCAGUCUUUGAUUAUAGAAUUCUGAUUUAGACUCAGAAUUCUGAGUUAAAUCUAAAAUCCUUUGAACUUUGAUCUGAGAAUUGUGUUUACUCAGAAUUCCAUCCUUAAACUUUGAUCUCAGCAUUCCAACUUUGAUCCGAAAACUUUUAAUUUUACUCUGAAAUUUUCUCUUUGAUCUUCUGUGUUUGAAACCAGGAUUCCAACUUUGACCCAAAAUUUUAACUUUGAUCUCAGAGUUUGAUCUGAUCCUGAUUUUUGCUUUUAGACCAAAGUCAGAAUCUUGAACAGAAUUCUUCCUUUGGCUCUGUAACAUGUGACCCAGUUGGCGUCAGCAUGUUUCACACUCAUCUCAUAGAAAGUGUUCAAAGCUCAAACUAGAAGGACGUACGCCUUCACUCUCUGUUGGUUAAAGAAUCCUUUUAUUUUUUUAAUUUAAAUUAAGUCUUUAGUCUCUAGAUAUUCAGUUUUUGCUUGGUUAACUUCGUAUUUUAGUUUACAUAAAAUUUUUUCGACCUGAUGAAGCCUGCCAGUCUGUUUUAAUCUCAGUAUCUGUUCCUGUUUGUUCAGAUGAGUUCAUAUUUGCAGCUCUGAAAUCUGUUCACUGACACCAGUAAAACUGUGUGAUUGGCUGUAAAUGUUCUCCAUUUUAAAAUCAAACUUUAAUGUUUUUUUUUUGUUGUUGUUUUUUUGUCAUUCAAUAUUGAUGUCAUGAAAAUAUAUACUAUUGUACAACACAGUUUCAUGUUUCACUUAAGAGAUAAUGUUGUGAAAACGGUAUUUAGUUUGUGACGAACCUGAACUUUCUUUUCAUCUUGUUUAUUUUUCUAACUCAAUAAUCUUUGAGACACAAACCUCUUCUGUGCAUCAGGUAACAGUUUUAACAGAAUGUUGGUUCAACUUUACCUACAUGAUCAUAAACUUUUAGGAACAAGUUAAUAAAAUCCUGUGUGGACAGGAUGAUAAUCUGGGGAGCUCAAGAUAGAAAAGUUAAAGAAAAAUAACCACCUUUGCUGGAUUCUAUCAGGCCUCCAAAUAGUUCAGCUCUUAAAAGUGGUUUUUAUUAUAAUUCAGCACUUUUUCUUCUCUCUUGCUUUGGUCUGGUUUUUUUUCAGACUGAUUUGAACACUUUCAUUUGACAUCUGGACUCAUUAGAAACUGAAUUUGUCUUUUUCAGAGACUCUAAAAUGUGCUAAAACACUCUGAACUGGUUCUGGACCAACACAGGAGCAGACGAUCAUCUGAAUAUCAGCUCCUUAAUAUUUAGAUUAUCAGCUAAAUAUAAAAGAAGUGAGAGUGAGUCAGUGAAAAGACUCCUGCUUUUAUUUAUAGAAACGUAAUAUGAGUGUUGGGGUCCGCUCAAACUGGACUGAUCAGAUUUCAUUCACUUACCUUCAGUUUCUAGAGUCCCUGACAGAAAUCUUCGGCUCUUAAACGGAUCUGUCUUACUAUAAAGACUUUCUCUGUUCUUUUUUUAUAGCUGGGGUUUGAGUCAGGGAUCGAACCAUCAAACAUUAGACCACACACUUUCCCAGUAAUCAGUAAAGAGACUAAAGGGGAGCAGUUUAGUCUUUAAACCUCAGAACUGUGAGCCGCAGUUACACAGAGAAAUUACUUUUAAAUUUUAUAUGUUUUUUUCCUUUCAAACCUGUGAUUUUGUAUUUAUUUUCAGUGUCAGGUGGUCUAAAGGAUCAAUUAAAAGUGCCAAUGAAAUAUUGUUUUCUAAGUCUGGUGAAUCUGCUGCAGAGGACAGAGGAUGAAAUUUGAUAAAGGUGUCUAAUCUCUACACCCUUUCAAUCUAUACAUCUAUAAAAUCUGUAAUCUCUGUUUCUGAAAAGCUGAAAUUAGCUGUUUACUGUGAAACCUCAUCAGGUAAGUAAAAAGACAUUUACAGUUUGAUCCAAAGUUUUGACUUUUUAAUUUGACUGUGAUUUUGGAUCUUUGAUUUUUAUAUUUGGUUAAACCCCCAAAUUAAGCUGCUGAUUCUCUGGUGUUCAUAGGUCAUUUAAUAAAGCAUUAUUUGCCCUAUUUAUUAUAUUUUCAUUAAUUAUUAUUCUUUAUUAUCAACUGAAUGUUUAAGGAAAAAAAUCUGAAAGUGUUGAAAUAAUUUUAGUGUUGAAAUAAUUUUAGAGUUUAUUAUUUUUUUUACAUUUGAAGUAUUUCCUGGUUUAAAAAAAAAGAGUACAUUUUCUGUAUUUGUGUGUGUUUCAGGGCUCCAGCAGAGGUUACCCUCCCCCUCCUCCAUCCAGAAAAUACAACUGGAACUAGACCUGGACUAAAGAGGACUGAGGGACUCAGUUUGAAGGGGGUGGGGCUGUUUGGUAUUUGUAGGGGAGACUUGUCACAUUUUUUCAUUUUAUUGUCUUCUUGUAAAAUGAUUUUUUUUCUCUCAAUUUUUAUUUGACUAAGAAAAAAAAACUUACUCUCUGUAACUUGUGAUUUUUAAGAUGGCCGGCCUGUAAAACUUGUCAAAUACAAGUGAGUCACGGACACAGAGUCCUCAUGUCUUUAUUUCUGAGAGGAGUCUCUCCAAAGUGGUCCAAGUGUUAAAAAAAAGACAAAAAAUAAAAUUGUCCAUAUUAAAUUUGUCUGACAGGAUUCAUUUGUUUCCUGUGAAUUUAAAUUAAAGGCAAACACUCUGAAAAAAA